AUGAUUAUCUGUGGCCUUGUCACAAAGUCUGAGGAACCUGGUAAGUUACCUGCAUUUGGUUAUUCAGCUAAGCAGGUGCAAAGCAGUAAAAAGUCUAAAUUGCCAAUGUACAGCUUUCUAGUUUAGGGUAUGUGAUGAUGUAGGUUCAGGUAUCCUAAAUAACUGGCUGGCCUGGCAGUGGGAGCCAAGAUGACUGGAGAGGGUUUCUCCAAAGUAUACACAGGGCCAUACAUUGAGCCUUCCUUGUUCUCUCCUUGCCCCAGUGCCCUUGAAGAGCAUCUCUGUGGAUGUGGUGGUCCGUGGCUUUGUGGCUGACGUAGUGUCUGAGCUUCGCUACCACAAUGAGGAGAAGUCUCCAGUGGAGGUUGUGUUUGUCUUCCCUCUGGAUGAUGAAGCCGCUGUAUAUGCCUUCGAGGGCCUGAUUGGUGGGACGCGGAUUGAGGCCCAGAUCCGAGAGAAGAAACAGGUAUGGAAGGUCUGAGGAGAAUCAGGGACUUUGGCAUUGGGUGGCCUGUUUCAGAAGGGAGGCGGAGGCUUCCCUAGAGAGGACUCUGUGCCUACAAGCAGAUUUUGUGUCAAGCUCAUAUGUUGUGCUUAAAAGAAAAGGUGCCUAACAACAUCCAGUUGCUGUAGUAAGGAGCCUGGCUUCGUGGCCUCUUCUGCUGCAGCUUGGUGUAAUUUUAACCUAAUGUAUGAAUUCUAAAGUCACAGUGUAGAUACCACAGUGCUUAUAAUUUACUUUCACAAGGUAAAGUUACAAAAGCAUGGAAGCUUCGCUGGUAGGUAACCAAUUGGUCAACAGCUGUUUUUAAAUGGGAAUCCUUUCUUGGGACCACACCUGCCUGUCUGCUUGCCUUCCUCACUCCUGAUGUUCUUCUCUUCUCUUCACCACCCAAUGCAGGCAGAGCAGGAAUAUGAGGAUGCCUUAAGUGAAGGCCGGCAGGCUUUCCUGCUUGAAAGAGAAGAAAACACCAGUGACAUUUUCACCUGCAGCCUGGGUAACCUCCCUCCGGAUGGAGAGGCCACGCUGAAGCUCUCCUAUGUCCAGGCCUUGGCUCCGGAGCCCGACGGGGCCAUCCGCUUUGUCCUGCCCGCUGUCCUCAACCCCCGCUAUGCACCUCAGGGUAAGCUCCUGCACCCCCAAACACACUAACUAGCCCCACAUACAAGCCUCUUGCAAUGCUGUUUUGUUAUACCUAAGCUCUGUGAAUUUGGAACAUUAGGAAUACUAAUAUGCUCCUUUGUAUGCAACUUAUAUAAGGAUGAGAUGAGUUAUUUUUUACUCCCAUCCUACCAAAUUACCGAGGAAAGACCUUUGAAUUGGGUUUGACCUCCUUAUUGGCUGACACAAACAAAAUGAUGACAGAAACGUGCUAGAUUCCUCUUUCCUGCUGUAAAGACCCAUGAAUGUGUUUUGUUACAAUUACUUGUGUCUUGGUUUUUAGAGGUCACCAUAUAUUUUAACUCUGUGUUUUAGAAGCUGCAUGAUUUCGGUGUUUUAAGUUGUUUUACCAGGUCUUUGACCAUAUAGUAAAAUUUGUACUUCAUCCCCAGUUGGGCUUCAUCUGUCAACCUUUCUCUUUCAUGUACAAGCCUCUUAAAAAUUGUAAUGGAUGAAUAAAUAAAUAAAUGAGGAAGAACAUUCAGAUUGGCUGCCUGAAGUUGUACAGUACACUCUCAGGAUUCUGAAUCUUCAUUCUGCUGCAUAUGUAGACUAAGCCAAAGUGUAGUGUCACUCUUAUCCCAGCUGUGUUCCCACUUCAUGGUGACACUUCCAGCAGCCUAAUUCUUCCUCCCUUGUGUGCUAUAGCACCAUAUCAUGUAAUGGUAGCUAAUGUUGUUUUUGCAACAUUUUCCUCAUGAGAGCUUGCCCACUGUGUUCCAUAACCCAUGACACUCUCGUUCUCUCGUCUGCAGGUUCAGAAGGGGCCAAUGUCACCAAGAGCAUACCACGAGUGCCCAAGGGGCAGCUUCCUUACACCCUCGGCCUCAGUGCUACGCUGGAGUCACCUUAUGGCAUCAACCGUGUGGAGUCCAAAUGCACCCUUGAGCCCUUGCGCUACAGGGCAGAAGACCGUACGAUUGCCCAGGUACGAUAGUGAAUGGAACAGCUUCUGAAAGGGGUGUAUUUGUUUCCUUUCAUUCUCCACUGGAAACUGUACAAGAAAUCUGUGGUUAGGUCUAAUGGCUGACGUAGAUGUGCCAUUGUACAUACGUAGCCUCGCACGACAGGUUUUCUUUUGUAAACAAAAAGAAGGGAAGGGAAGGGUAAGGUGGAUUGGGGCCAUGGCUUGUGAAAGGGAGCGUUUGACUCUUGCAACCACUGUUGCAAAGGGUUAAAUGAAUACCUGAUACCUUCAAGGUGUGCUCAAAAAUCACAGACACAGCAAUGGAGAAAAAGAAAGUAAAGUUAUAUUGCUGGCAGCAGUAAGACCCAGCGGAAUGGUUUCCAAAGACUGGUUGUGGAGCUCUGGGGCUUUGGGUUUAUAUACCUUUUUCUAAACAGCAUUAAGCAUUACAUAUUCAUAAAUUGCAGCAAAAUCAAACCAAUGAGCUUGGACACAACUCUUCCUAAAUCCUCCAUUUAAAGAUCACUGCUUUUAAAGAUCCAUUUAAAGAUCAUUCUGCUUUUUCCAUAUAUGUACUCAGGAUGUUACUAAUUGCUUCUACCUUAUUAUCAGCAAGCGAGCUAAAAAUUUCCCUUUUGGCAGGCAAAUCCAAAAUCCCCCCUUUUGUUAUCAGACAAAAUGGAAAGUAUCCAACUUCGGACAUCCUGCUUUGUCGGGUCAUGGUGACCAUCACAUGAGCACGAGGAAUGUUUUUUACAGAUUGCAAACGCAGCUAAAUAUAUUUCUGCUUUCUGCAAGCACAGCAGCAAGAGAGAGACACAGCAAUUGAUUAUUAGCAUUUGGGCACUCUUAGCAUUCACAUUAAGCAUUAUUAAGGGACAUGGUAGCAUAUGAGGCACAAUGGUAUACCUGUUAUACCUUCUUCAGGUGGCCUUGCCACACCACUACAAGCCCUGUUUGGAAUCUCGCUCCCCAUCCUUGCAGUUUGUGAGGUGGGAGCUGUGGGCAGGGGGCAAUUCUAACUGAGACCACCAUUUGGCAGGAAACAGUAUUGUUUUUGUUUGUCUGAAUAUGGCUUUCCUUCAACACCACUGGCUCUUUCUUUGGCCUUGCAUGGCUGGUUUGAUUUUUAAACAAUGUGUAUAAUGCCAUGUCUGGUGCGGCCUUGAAUCCUGAAUGAGCUCAUGAUGAACCUAUAAUCUGAAUAUAUGUACUAUAAGUGCACCUUUUAAUAAUUGUGAGUCACUGACUGCCAGUGAGUCCUCAAGCCUAAUUCAAAGUGUCAGUAUUAGCAUACAAAGUUCUUCACAGCUUAGGACCCAUGUACCUAAAAGAGCAUCUUGCCCAAUAUGGACUACCUUAGACGCUGCUGUCAGCCCUGUUGGUGAUGUCAUCACUGAGUACUGCCUGGUUGGCCCUGACCCAUGACAAAGUGUUUUGGGUGGCAGUUCCCCAUUUAUGGAAUUCCCUCUCUGGUGAGGUGCAUCACGUCUUCCUUGCGAUUAACAUUUAGGGUUGCUUGCUACAGGGAUAUAUAACUGUUUUUAGAUGCUGUUAAUGCUUUUAAGUGUUCUUUAUUUUUCUAAUAUUGCAUUGUUGCUUCAUUUCAUGCCCUCAGCUCCUUUUGGGGGAAAGGGUAGGAUAGAAUUUUAAUGAAUAAAAACAUGAAAAUACAUAACAUGGUAUGGUGCUCUUGAGGGCAGGAUGAGGAGAUCUGGAUGAGGUGGGCCAUGCUAUGGUGGGGUGUAGCCCUUUCUUUCAUUGUCAUGUGACAAGGCUAGCUCAGUAAGUCUGGCCACUUGUCUUUAAGCAGAAAUCCCCACCCACACUUACUGUGUCAUGGGGUGAUAUCCUCAGUGGAUGCAAGCGUUAACUUGCUAUAUGCAUAAGCAAACUUCACUGUAGUGUAACCAAGGGAUGGAACACAAGCCUUACAGUGCAAAUAGAAGGAGGAGAGAAGGCCUGAUCCUUGAGUGCAUUCCUGUGGCUUAAGAACACAAGCUGCAGGCAUCUUCCCCUGCAACCCAUGUUUCAAGCUUUGAAAGCGGACUGGGAACUGCAGUUUGGUGACCAUUUUGUGUGCUUUUGCCUGGAUGAACUAUGCCCUUGAACUGUGAUGGAUACAUCUGUGUGUGUGUGUGUGUGUGUGUGUGUGUAAUUCCAAAGAUAUACAGUACACUGAUCAAUCAAAAAUGCAAAACACAAAAUAAUGAUUCAAAGAAAACAAAUAAUACACCCAUGUGACUUCCCUCCCCCAAUACUCGUCACCCCUUAAUCUUUGAGUUCUUAUUAACAUUGCAUCUUUGGUGUUUCAUUCUUAAUAUAUUACUUUUUUCUAGUUCCACUUUACAAACCUAAUCUUACUUACUUAAGUUUGUGAUGGAUACAUCUUUGUGCACACAUACGUGCAUAUAUAUAUUGUGAGAUCUCUAGCUUUGGUUCCUAAUGUACAAAGAGAAGUUCACAAUGGCUGCCUUGGCCACUUUUGCCUGGUCUGCUACUCCCAUGUUGUCUCCCAAACUUGAAGGAAUACAUCCUUCUGUAUUCCCCACUUCCUCACAAGUUGGUCUUCCUCUUUAGCCUAGGUUCUGGCCUUCACUGUCAACCUGAAGAGCCAAACUCACCAAAAACAAGAAGUCCCAGAAUUCCCCUUAGGAUGGGAAAGGUUUUUUUUACUCUGUGUCUGUAGUGGGAGUUACUGAAUGGUCCCUUUGAAACCAACAUUGGGAAGAAGAUUUGAAAGUAAAGGAAACAAGAGCUUUCCGUGCAUGAGUAAAAGCAGGCAGCUGCCUCUACCCAAUACUUAUUCCACCAUCUGUUCUUUAAUAGAUUAUUGUAACCUCAGUGAUCUCUCAUGACACACUAUUUUAGAAUUAAAGAUCUCAAUCGGUAACAAUAUUUUAAAAUGUGUUGCGUUGCACACAUAAAUAUAUGUGGGAGCUCUUUAGAGGGGAGUGAUUUAAACUCUGCCCAGCAUUCAAGCUCUACUUCAUUUUGCCACCCCAAAGGUCUCCUUGGCUGAAGGGCACCAAUUUGACAGAGAUGUGGAGCUGCUGAUGUAUUACGAGGAUGUUCACAAGCCCAGCGCCCUCCUAGAGGCUGGGAAGCCUGGGGCUGCCCCAGGUGAGCAAAGCCUAAGGCAACAGAGGACGUGGGGGCAGAAACUCAAAAGGGUGCUGAGAGGUGAAAGGACUAGAUGUGAGUCAUAAUAUUAAUUAUGUUCUAUGGGAGAAUUUAUGGACAGUAAAUAUGAACCGUACGGCGUGUUAAGCAUUAAAAGAAAAUACGACAAAAAUGACCCAUAGAUGGUACUUAACACCUGCCAAACUAGUAAAAAUGUUUUAAAAAGAAAAAGGCAAAUGUUGGAAAUGCAAUGAAGUAGAGGGAUCUUUUUUCCACAUGUGGUUGUCCUGUAAAGUAAUCAGGGAAUUCUGGGAAGUAAUUUACAAUUAAUUAAAUAAGGUAUUAAAAAAAAAAAAACCUUCCCUAAAAAGCCUGAGACAUUCCUCUUGGGAAUUGUAACAACAGAAGUCCCUAAAAAACAAAAGAAUUUAUUACAAGGUGGAGAACAAGUACGGUACCCACUAGGGAAGAGUGGCAGAUUAAACUGCUUGAAUAUGCUGAAUUUGCAGGUAUAAUGGACAGGAUAGGAUAAAAGGAUGAUAAAUAAGGAGGAUUGGAAAAUGUUUAUUGAAUAUUUCAAGAAACAGUAUAAACAAGUAAAUAACCUAGCAGGUUUUGAGUAAAUCCAGCAGAAUAGGAGCUAAUAGAAAUUAACAGAGAAAGAAAUUUGAACAUUAAAAAUUUGGAAUAAUACAUGAUUUAGUAGAAAAGUAAAUAAACCAGGAAAAGGGUAGAAGAGAGAGUCAUUAGGUACAGUGGUGCCUCGCAAGACGAAAUUAAUCCGUUCCGCGAGUCUCUUCGUCUUGCGGUUUUUUCGUCUUGCGAAGCACGGCUAUUAGCAGCUGUUAACGGCUUAGCGGCUAUUAACGGCUUAGCGGCUUUAAGAAAAAGGAAACAAACUCGCAAGAACUCGCAAGACGUUUCGUCUUGCAAAGCAAGCCCAUAGGGAAAUUCGUCUUGCGGAACGACUCAAAAAACAGAAAACUCUUUCGUCUUGCGAGGCAUUCGUCUUGCGAGGUACCACUGUAUUUAGUUGUAUGUUGUGAUUGAUAUGAAAGUUGUAUAAUUGGUGGGUGGAGGGAAGGGGAUGUAGGAUGUGUGUUUUUUUGUUUCUUUAUUAAAAAUGCAAAUAAAAAUUAUAUAAAGAAAGAAAGAAAGAGGGGAUAUUGCCAAAUACCUAUUGGAUCUACUGUUUUCCAAUGAAACACAGCCUCGCUGAUGGGGGACCCGGCUCUCCUGCUUACUCUGUACCCCAGCGUCCCUGCCCCAAAGCCAAGCCAGAAGUCAACUGGAGAAUUCCUCUUCCUGCUGGAUCGCUCUGGCAGCAUGGAGUGCAACACCGAGUAUAGCUCUGAUUCACCUGAUUCACCUAUGCGCAUUCAGAGCGCCAAGGUACCCACGUGUUUAGAUGCAUAGGGAGGGACGGUGCUGUGCUUUGGAGAAGGCAGGGUAAUGGAAGCCUGGAGGUGGGUGGAUCCUUGUGGGAAGGCCUAUAAUUAUAGAAUUAUAAAGUUGGCAUUUGACAGUGUCUCCUGGGAUUUAAUGUUUAAAGUUUUGGAAUUCAUGAGUUGUAGAAACACUCACAUAACUGAAAACUAUAAAUAAAGAUUAUAUAAAAAAAUAGAAUUGGAGAGUUGGCAGGGACCCUGAGGGUCAUCUAGUCCAGCCCUUUGCAAAGGGUGGGUUGGGAUAUCCACGUAGCUUCAUCUUUUACCUUAUUUUAGGAGACCCUGAUUCUCCUGCUGAAGAGUCUCCCUCUGGGAUGUUACUUCAACAUCUAUGGCUUUGGAUCCACCUAUGACUCCUUCUACCCGUGAGUGUACUGUCACAGACCUUUUACUUUCCGACUUCUCCACCUGUUUAUAUGUUUGGUCACUGGUAAAGAAUAAAACAGGGUGUUAGAUACAUUACUUGACCUUUGAUGUCAAUGUGUGUGCACAUGUGCACCCCAAAAGAUUUAACCAAGGAAUUGAAAAAAAUUCUCCCAACCAGAAGGGAUGUUUUCGCAAGCUGCCUUCUAAACUUCAUCUGCAAAGCAGUACAUCCUGGACCCCUAGAAAUUCUGUCCUCCUCUCUGGCUACCUCAAAUCUUCCUCUUCCCCAUGUGUGCCUUCCAAGUUCUGCUGUUUCUCUUCCUCCGUGCUAGCUGCAGAGUAAACUUAGCUUUUCUCUAACUUUGAUGAGGCAUAGCACAGUCUGAGUACUGACUGAUGAGAGGAAGGGUAUGCAUCUGAGUGGGUGAGUUUUAGGGGAGCAAUUAAACAGCUGGUUCUGGUGGAAACGUGGAGUGUUGUGGGAGGUUAAAAAAAAAAAAAGCUGAAUUCUAUAAAAAGUUGCAUGAGACUCUACUGGAUCAUUUGGACUAUAAUUUGAUUUUGAUGGGGGACAUGAAUGGAGUAGUAUCUACAAAUAUGGACAAGGCUCAAAGACAGGUAGUCACCAAGGAUGGUAGACUACCGAAAACUUUUUUUGAGAUGACAGACAAUAUGGACUUAGUGGAUAUCUGGAGGGUAAAGAACCCCCUGGGAAGAGAAGGAACCUUUUUUUCUGAAGCCAAGAUGACAUGGACUAGAAUUGACCAAAUAUGGAUAACUAGAGGAAUGGCACCAAAGAUAAAGAAGGUAGAAAUCUGCCCAAAACUUGUUCCGACCAUAAUGCUGUAAGGAUGGAGAUGAAACAAACAACAACCGGAUCCUUUAGAUGGAGGAUGAAUGACACCUUAUUUAGAGAUGAAGAAGUUUACAAAAAGGCCCAAAAGACUUUGAGAGAUUAUUUUGAAAUAAAUAUGAAUACCAAUGUAGAAAAAGAGUAAUCUGGGACGCAAGCAAAGCUGUGAUGAGAGGGUUUUGAUACAACAGAAUGCAAUAAAGAAGAGAAGUCAAAAUGAAAAGAAAGAUAAAAUCUUGGAAAAAAUAAAAGAAGGAGAGAAGAAAUUGAGAGCAAAACCAAAGUCCCAGGAGAUUUUGAGAGAAAUAAAAUUAUAUCAAGUACAAUAUAUGGAAAUGAUGAAUCAGGAAAUAGAAUGGAAAAUCAAACAAAUGAGACAAAAAACAUUUGAAUCAGCUAAUAAAUGUGGAAAACUGUUGGCCUGGCAAAUGAAAAAAAGACAAAAAUUAAAUACUAUUAUAAAUUUAGAAGUGGAAGGAAAGAGUAUACAUAAUCCAAAUGAGAUUAGAAAUUGCUUCCAGAAGUACUUUAAACAAUUAUACACACAAGGGCCACAGAAGGAAAUGGACAUAGACCAAUUUUUGAAGACAAAUGGCCUACAAAAAUCUCUCAAGAAAGUAAAUUAAUGCUGAACUAUAAAAUAUCUGAACAGGAAGUAGAAGGUGCCAUACAAAAUAUGCAAUUGGGCAAAUCUCCAGGACCGGAUGGGCUGACUUCCACAUACUAUAGAUCUUUGAAAGAGUGGUUACUGCAACCUUUGAAGGAAGUCUGCAAUGAAAUAUUGGCAGGGAAAAGGGCACCAGAAUCAUGAAAAGAGGCGUAUAUCACACUUAUACCGAAAACAGAGACUGAAAAGACUCAGCUUAAGAACUAUCGCCCUAUAUCGUUACUUAAUGUGGAUUACAAAAUUUUUGCAGACAUUUUGGCAAAGAGAUUGAAAAAAUAUUGAUGAAAGAGAUUCAUAAAGACCAAGCGGGCUUUCUCCCGGGAAGACACCUGUCUGAUAAUUUGAGGAAUAUAAUUGAUAUUUUGGAAAAAUUAGAAGUGAAUAUAAACACCAAAGCAGUAUUGAUAUUUGUUGACGCGGAGAAAGCUUUUGAUAAUAUCUCUUGGAGUUUUAUGAAGAAGAAUCUGCAUGGGAUGGGGGUAGGCCAAGGUUUUGAAAAUGGUAUAGGUGCAAUAUACUCUGAACAAAAGGCUAAAUUAAUUGUAAAUAAUGUGGUUACGGAAGAAUUUAAGAUAGAAAAAGGGACACGACAGGGGUGCCCAAUUUCCCCACUGCUUUUUAUAUCGGUCCUGGAGGUUUUGCUAAAUAUGAUUAGAAAGGACCGGUUGGUUAAGGGCAUACAGGUCGGAGCUAAACAGUACAAAUUGAGAGCAUUUGCAGAUGACCUAGUAUUGACGUUACAGGAGCCAGAAUCUAGUACUAAAAGAGUUUUAGAAUUAAUUCAGGAAUUUGGUCAGGUGGCAGGUUUUAAAUUGAACAAGUUAAAAACUAAGGUUUUAGAGAAAACACCGAUUGAAAGAGAGAGGUUUCAGAAUGAGACAGGAUUGAAUGUGGUAAAGAAAGUGAAAUACUUGGGGAUUAAUAUGACAGCCAAAAACGGGAAUUUAUUUAAAGAUAAUUACGAAAAAUGUUGGACGGAAGUGAAAAAAGAUUUAGAAAUUUGGUCAAAUUUGAAACUCUCGUUGCUGGGCCGUAUUGCUGUGAUAAAGAUGAAUGUAUUGCCUAGAAUGUUGUUUUUCUUUCAGACAUUACAAAUUGUAGAUAAGAUGGACUGUUUCAAGAAGUGGCAGAGAGAUAUUUCUAGAUUUGUCUGGCAGGGCAAGAAGCCCAGAAUAAAAUUUAAGAUAUUAACUGAUGCCAAGGAAAGAGGUGGAUUUGCCCUUUAUUAUGAAUCAGCAGCUUUUUGCUGGCUGAAAGAAUGGCUACUUCUUGAAAACACAGACAUUUUGGAUUUAGAAGGUUUUAACAAUGUAUUUGGAUGGCAUGCAUAUUUAUGGUAUGAUAAGGUCAAAGCACACAAAGCAUUCAAAAAUCAUAUUGUUAGGAAAGCAUUGUUUAAUGUCUGGAUAAGAUACAAAGACUUAUUGGAAAAUAAAACCCCAAGGUGGCUGUCACCAAUGGAAGCAAAAGCUCUGAAAAGGCUCAAUAUGGAGGCCAAAUGGCCGACAUAUUGGGAAAUUUUGGAGCAAGAAGGAGAUAAAUUGAGAUUGCAGAGUUUUGAAAAAUUAAAAAUAAAGUGAGAGAUUGGCUCCACUACUAUCAGAUAAUGGAGGCAUAUAAUUUGGAUAAGAAAAUAGGCUUCCAAGAGGAAAAGUCAAAAUUAGAAACAGAAUUGUUAGAACCCAAAACUAAAAAUUUGUCAAGAAUGUAUAACUUGCUGUUGAAAUGGAAUACUCAGGAUGAAACGGUGAAAUCUGCUAUGAUUAAAUGGGCACAAGAUGUUGGACAUAAUAUUAUGUUCGCUGACUGGGAACAGUUAUGGACCACAGGUAUGAAGUUUACGGCAUGUAAUGCCUUAAGAGAGAAUAUUAUGAAAAUGAUAUACAGGUGGUACAUGACCCCAGUCAAGCUUGCAAAAAUUUAUCAUUUGCCCGAUAAUAAAUGUUGGAAAUGUAAAGAAACUGAAGGUACAUUCUUUCACCUUUGGUGGACGUGCCCAAAGAUUAAGGCUUUCUGGGAAAUGAUAUAUAAUGAACUGAAAAAGGUAUUUAAAUAUACCUUUCUGAAGAAACCAGAGGCCUUUCUCUUGGGCAUUGUCGGCCAACUGGUGCCAAAGAAGGACAGAACCUUUUUCAUGUAUGCUACAACAGCAGCAAGAAUACUUAUCGCAAAGUAUUGGAAGACACAAGAUCUACCCACUUUGGAAGAAUGGCAGAUGAAGGUGAUUGACUACAUGGAACUGGCGGAAAUGACUGGCAGAAUCCGAGACCAGGGAGAAGAGUCGGUGAAAGAAGACUGGAAGAAAUUUAAGGACUAUUUACAGAAAUAUUGCAAAAUUAAGGAACUUUAGAAGGAUGUUGGAUAGAAACUAAGAGGUUUUUAGCUGUAAUGCUUUAAGAGACAUGGAAAAAAAGGUUAACAAUUGGGUAAAAGAUUAAUGGUAAGGAUUUGCUGAACCAACAAAUUGAAUUGGAAUACAAAGAAGGGAGGUAUGAGGAGGUCCGGGAAAUAAGAGUAAGGAAGAUAGGUUAUGGAACAUUAUUGUGUUUUUAACUGUUUUAUUUUGUAUGGUUUUUUUUCUUAUUUUUUACUGUUUUUGUUAUAUCUUAAAACUUUAUACUUUUUCUUUAUUCUGUACUUUCAUGUAUCUUUAAUAAAUAUUGUUAAAAAAAAAAAAAAAAAGCCUGGUGGGGAGCUGGCUGAGCUUGGGAGGAAAAUAGGUCCUUUGCCUCCUUGACUCUCUGAAACUCUCUACAGGCAGAGUGUAGAAUACACCCAGGAGACCAUGUCCAAGUCCCUCCAACGGGUGAAGGAGCUGCAAGCCGAUCUGGGGGGUACAGAGAUUCUGCAGCCGCUGCAGGCCAUUUACAGCCAGCCAUGCCGAGAAGGGUAUCCUCGCCAGGUAUUGAGUCCUGUAGUUAUUGGCAUUGUUCUCCUGUAUUCAGGGCUGGCCUGGGAAUAGAGUUACUGAAAUGAGAUUUCUUUUGCCUGAUCUCAGAAGUUUCCUUUAUGGCAGGAGUGAAGGAACCCUCAACCGGUGCAUCUCAUUCCACCCAGCAUUGCCAUAAUUUGGCUCCCAAGGCCAUUUCACCCCCAAUAUCAUGCCCAACUGCCCCAUAUCUGACAUCAUAUAAGAUGUAGCUACAUAGAAGCUACCAGGAGCCCCUGAUGGUUUCAUUGCAAGCAGUUGAUUGGCACCGAUGGUGUGCGCUACUGGGGUCAGCUGCACUAUGGAGGGGGUCGCUGUUAGUGGGGCUGGUUUUCCCUGUUUACAUGUAGGAUUUGAAUCCAGCCGGGCCCUGAAAAUGGACUUCAAAAGGGGAAUAGGAUAGGUUCUGAUACCUCUCUGUCCUCUCUCCCUCUCUCUCUCUAGCUCUUUGUGUUCACGGAUGGAGAGGUGUCUAAUACAGAUGAGGUCAUUGCUGAAGUUCGACGUCACAGCAGCUCCCACAGGUAAGGCAAGGGAGAGGGAAACCAGCUUCUCACAGCUCUGCACCUGGCCUAGGUUCACCUCCUCUUUCUCUGGCAGGUGCUUCUCCUUUGGCAUUGGCGAAGGGGCCUCCACAGCCCUCAUCAAAGGAAUUGCCCGUGCGGCCGGAGGCAGUGCUGAAUUCAUCGCAGGCAAGGAGCGCAUGCAGGCCAAGGUGAGGCUCAGGAGCUGCACAUUCCUCUGCUGCCUGUCCUUACCAGUCUCUCCUGAGCUGUAGGGACACUGCUAGGUCCCUCCCUGCCAUCAGAGCAUGGAAUCCCAGCUCCCUCCUCACCAAAAUAGCACAUUUGCUUACUUCUGCAAAGCAACCAUGAAGCCCAGAUUCAUAAGGCGUUGUCAGAAGGGCUGCACCCUUGGAUUGAUCAUUUGCUCAGCCUUCUACUCUCCUCCUAGACUGCAUGUUGAAACCUUACACAGCUAGCAGUGCCCGCUAGAGUUACAGCUGGAGUUUCUUUAUGGGACAUUUAGAAAACACAUUGUGAAAAAGCAACAUAGGUUGCCUCCAGAUUCCUUUUUGGUUGAACCUUCCUUCUGCUUUGUUAAUGGGGAGGUUGGAUGACCGUUGCAUCAAGCCAUUGCUACUUCACGCUUUCCAGUGCAUUUUCCUGUUGUUUUCCUUAUUGCAAGAAAUCCAAUCAUUUAGGGAGGAAGUGAGUUUGUAACACAAAUCAACCACAAUUGUGCAACCUGAAUCUGCCAGUAUGCUGUUGAAUCUACCCACAAAAUGGAGAGUGUAGAAGGGCCUAGUGGUUUCUAUGCAAAGGGGUUGUUGUAGCUUAGUGGUUUUCUUUGCAAGGUACAAUACUUUGUUUCAAAAAUGGUUAAUAACUGCCUUAACACUUUCAAUCUGUCACUGGACAGAGUAAUCAUUUCUAGAAUGGCCAUUUUCAGACAGAGUAAUCAUUUCUAGAAUGGCCAUUGUUUUCCCCUAUCCAUAAUAACAACAAUAAUAAUUUUGUUAUUUAUACCCUGCCCAUCACUGUGGGCAGAGAAGGUUCAAUCUCUUAAGUAUAACUGAAAGCAAUCUGUUUUCUCUAACAGAUAAGCCCUAUGGUGAGCCUGCUCAGAGAGCCAGAAACCCCUUCUGCCCACCCAGACAGAAAGACCCUAAUCUCUAAACCCAGGUCCCUAUCUAACCCUUAGGCAAUCCCUGCCUGAGCAAUUUCUGACAGUCCUGACAGUAACUGUCAGUUUCAAACUUAAAUUCCAUUCUUUCUCUCUCCCAAUUGGCUGAUCUACUCCCCAACUGACACUGGUCGUUGGGUCACAAGUAGACCCAAUUCCUGUCCAUCACACCAUCUCAAUGCCAUAGUUUCUCCUGGAAUAAAGAAAUUGGUUUCUCAUAGCAUCUCUUGUCUCCUUAUCAAUUCCAUUCUUUUUUAGCGUCCCCUAUGUGGCAGGGUCAUUGCAUUGCUCAGAGUCUGUCCAGUGGGUUUCUAUUCUAUGUUCAGUGGCUUUUGGAGAAACCAAGAUGGCAUCUUCACCAGCCCCUCUCCUGACUUCUUUGCAAGCACUGUUCACACAGUUUCAAAACAAUCUCACAUAGAAACUUAUUUUUAAGCGAUAGUUGAACAGGAACUUUGAUAUUCUCUUAAUGUCAUUGCAAAAUUCUUGCUUUCCCAUAGGCCCUGCAGUCUUUGAAGAAGGCCCUGCAGCCAGCCGUGACCAGGAUCUCUCUGAGCUGGGACUUGCCUCCUGGUCUGAAGGCUGAGCUUGUGGGGUCAGGCCCACAGGUCAUCUUCCAGGGGCAGCGCUGCCUCAUUUAUGCCCAGAUCCGUGGGCAGCAUCAGGUAAGCAAUGACGACCAGGACCUUAACUACUGAAUAAUGCCUCUCUCCUAUCCUGAAUACCAAAACUUGACUUUAUUUGUGGUUUUUAAUGUCAGAAGGUAUUGUUCCGAAGGCUUCUUGCCCUUUCCCAGUUCUGAUGCUUUCUCUUCUGCUCCAGUCUUCAGGCUCCAAUGAAGGGACUGUUGUUCUUCAGUACCAGUUCCAAGACCAGACUUUCAAAGAAACAAUGAAGUUCUCACUCCUGGCUCAGGAGAGUGACAGGUAAGACUUCUCCUAUUAUAUUGCCUCUGCCCUCCACUCCAUAGCUUUUGACAAACACGAUGUGCUUUGUGUAAUUACAGGCUGACUUGGAAAGCUCUCAUCUUACUAUUUGUUUGCUUGCUUAAUUUAAUUUAUACACUACUUGAUUGUAAAAAACAAAAACAACAGCAACCCUCCAAGCAGUUUACAAAAGAUAAAACAAGAAAACCAAGAAAAUUUCACAGCCUUACUUUAAAACAGACACAGUUUUAAAAAUCAGCUAGUGCAGAAUUCACCAUGGCAAGACGGUUUGACCACACGAUGGCUGGGACAAGUUCCACAGGGGGGGAAGCACUGGGACAUCCGAUCUCAGUGAUCAUGGGCAGGAGGAGGAGUUACGCUAAGACCAGACCAUGUCAUUACCGAGGAGGCAGGUUUAGUCGUUGUUUGAGGACUAUCCCUGCCUCCGGGUCUGGCCUUGACCGGAUGGAUACUGGAAUCAACAGGGAAAACCCACAUGACCUGAAGGUGUUGCUGUGUAAUGCCAGGUCAAUUAUGAAUAAAACCACUGCCGUCCACAACCUGAUUGUGGAUGGAGGAUUUGACCUGGCAUGUGUGACAGAGACCUGGUUGGAGGAAGCAGAUGGGCCUGUCCUUGCCGCUACUUGCCCACCAGGUUUCUCUUACGCACAGCAACCCAGGUCAUGUGGGCGGGGAGGGGGGGUUGCAGUGAUUUUUAGGAAGUCAUUAGCUUGCAUCAGGCGUCCUACUGGGAAGAUCCAGUUUUCUGAGUGCAUGUUCUGGAAGUUGGGCAAUAGGGGCAGUACAGGAUUCCUUUUGGUGUACCGACCUCCCCGCUGCACCAAGGAUUCCCUGUCCGAGCUGCUUCAGGUCGUGGCGGAUGUUCUCCUGGAGACACCUAGUUUGGUUGUCCUAGGGAUUUUAACAUCCAUGCCGACACGACCUUACAAGGGGCCACUCGGGACUUCGUGGAAAGCAUGGCCUCCAUGGGGCUGUCCCUGAAUAAGUUUGGCCCAACUCAUAGUCAUGGACAUGCCUUAGACCUGGUGUUCACCUCUAGUGACGUGGGUGAUCUGACACUAAGUAAUAGUGAAACAAAAGAAGUGCCAUGGUCAGAUCACUUCCUGGUGCAACUGGACUUCUCCGCGACCCUUCCCCUCUGCAGGGAGGUGGGACCAAUUCGGAUGGUCCGCCCCGCCACUUAAUGGAUCCAAAUGGUUUCCAGAGAGUGGUAGGGGAUGCUUUAUCCCAUGUUGAUGGCCUUUCAGCUGAUUCCCUGGUGGCCCGCUGGAAUGCGGAGUUAACCAGGGCUAUCGACUGUCUGGCUCCGAAGCGCCCUCUCCGAUUGCAUGGAGCCCGGACACCCCCGUAGUUUUCUUCGGAGCUGAGGGCGAUGAAACAAUCGUUGAGACGGCUAGAGCGUCGGUGGCAGAAAACUCACUCCGAAUCUGACCGGACACAGGUUAGAGCUCAACGUCGAGCCUACCAAGUGGCGAUAGCAACGACGAAGAAGACUUUCUUCACCGCCUCUAUUGCAUCUGCAGAAAAUAGCAGCAGGAGACUCUUUCAGGUGGUCCGCAAUUUAACGGAACCACCUUUACCACCAGGGCCUUGUAAAGACCCCAAGAUCUCUUGCAACGAUUUUGCAAAGUUUUUUGCAGAUAAAAUCACUCAUAUUCGGAAGGAGCUAGACACCACCGUGGGAGCAGGGCCGGGGCGGGAGAGUGCUAGAGCCUGUCUGGUCAAGUUGCAUGGAAUCAAUUUCAGUCCGUUACCCCCGAGGAUGUGGACAGGCUGCUUGGACGCAUGAAACCAACCACCUGUCUCCUUGAUCCUUGCCCAUCCUGGCUAAUAAAAGCAAGCCGGGAAGGGCUGCGGGAUGGGCUCUGCAGGGUGGUGAAUGCUUCCCUCCGUGAGGGAACAUUCCCAGAUCUGCUGAAAGAGGCGGUCAUUAAACCGCUUCUUAAAAAACCAUCUUUAGACCCGGCCAGUAUGGCCAACUAUCGCCCAGUCUCAAAUCUUCCAUUCUUGGGCAAGGUGAUUGAGCGUGUGGUUGCUGAACAACUCCAGGCACGCCUGGAGGAUGCGGACCAUUUGGAUCCCUUCCAAUCGGGAUUCAGGCCUCACCAUGGGACUGAAACUGCCUUGGUCGCACUGGUUGAUGAUCUCCGGCAGGCUAGGGACAAAGGUGAGAGUUGUUUCCUAGUUCUGCUGGAUCUCUCAGCGGCCUUUGAUACAAUCGACCGUAACAUCCUUCUGGACCGUCUAGAGGGGCUGGGAGCUGGGGCACUGUUAUACAGUGGUUUCGCUCCUUCCUCCUGGGCCAUGUUCAGAAAGUGGUGGUGGGGGAUGAGUGUUCAGACCCCUGGGCCCUCACUUGUGGGGUGCCUCAGGGUUCCGUCCUCUCCCCCAUGCUUUUUAACAUCUAUAUGAAGCCGCUGGGAGAGAUCAUCAGGGGGUUUGGACUGGGUGUCCAUCAAUAUGAUCCAAUAUGAUACCCAGCUCUACCUCUCUUUCAAAUCAGAACCAGUGAAGGCGGUGAAGGUCCUGUGUGAGUGCCUGGAGGCGGUUGGAGGAUGGAUGGCGGCUAAUGGAUUGAAGUUGAAUCCUGACAAGACAGAAGUACUGUUUCUGGGGGACAGGGGGCGGGCUGGUGUGGAGGACUCUCUGGUCCUGAAUGGGGUAACUGUGCCCCUGAAGGACCAGGUGCGCAGCCUGGGAGUCAUUUUGGACUCACAGCUGUCCAUGGAGGCGCAGGUCAAUUCUGUAUCCAGGGCAGCUGUCUACCAACUCCACCUGGUACGCAGGCUGAGACCCUACCUGCCCGCAGACUGUCUCGCCAGAGUGGUGCAUGCUCUAGUUAUCUCCCGCUUGGACUACUGCAAUGCGCUCUAUGUGGGGCUACCUUUGAAGGUGACUCGGAAACUACAACUAAUCCAGAAUGCAGCAGCUAGACUGGUGACUGGGGGCGGCUGCGGAGACCACAUAACACCGGUCUUGAAAGACCUACAUUGGCUCCCAGUACGUUUCCGAGCACAAUUCAAAGUGCUGGUGUUGACCUUUAAAGCCCUAAACGGCCUCGGCCCAGUAUACCUAAAGGAGCGUCUCCACCCCCAUCGUUCUGCCCGGACGCUGAGGUCCAGCGCCGAGGGCCUUCUGGCGGUUCCCUCAUUGCGAGAAACAAAGCUACAGGGAACCAGGCAGAGGGCCUUCUCGGUAGUGGCGCCCGCCCUGUGGAACGCCCUCCCAACAGAUGUCAAAGCGAUAAACAACUACCUGACAUUCAGAAGACAUCUUAAGGCAGCCCUGUUCAGGGAAGUUUUUAAUGUAUAAUAUUUUAGUGUAUUUUUGGUUUCUAUGGAAGCCGCCCAGAGUGGCUGGGGAAACCCAGCCAGAUGGGCGGGGUACAAAUAAUAAAUUAUUAUUAUUAUUAUUAUUAUUAUUAUUAUUAUUAUUAUAUUACACCGAUUCUGGUCUUACUGCACUGGCUACCAAUUUACUUCCCAGGCCCAAUUCAAAGUGCUGAUUUUGACCUAUAAAGCUUUAAACAGCUCAGGACCACAAUACCUCAAGGACCUCCGCUUUCCAUAUGAACCGGCCUGGACUCUGAGAUUAUCUUCUGACACCCUUUUUUUAUUUGCCUCCUUCAUGAGAGAUCCAGAAGGUGGCAACACGAGAACAGACCUUUUCUUUUGUGGCCCCCAGUUUGUGGAAUGCUCUCCUCUGAUUCACAAGCGAGUUGGCCAUCCAAAUCCAGUCUUCCCUGUCCAUUGGCAAAUCUGGAUUAUAGAAUAUAUUAAGGGGUUUACAGCAUGCCAAAUGGUCCCAGCAUUUCUCUCCAUGCUCCCUGUUUUCCCUCUCUGCAGGCUCCCUGUUCACCGUCUGGCAGCUCAGGCCCUCCUGCAGGAACUGGAGGGGGUCGGGGAGAAGGAAAAGGAAAAACAACGCCUGGCUCUGGAGACGAGCCUGAGUUCAGGGGUGGUGUGUUCACAGACCGCCUAUGUGGGAAUUAACACAGAGCUGGGCACGCCACUUCAAGGGCCUCUCACCCGCCGAGACGUUCCCCAUCCAUGUAAGUUUAGGGAGAUGUAUUGUGGGAGAGCCCUGGUCACUAAGGGAGAGUUUGGUUGAAUGCCAUCACAUCUAUUUAGUGCCAUCUAGCAGAACCUGCCCAGAUGACCAGGAGCUGAUUUGAUUGUGCUUUCAGGGAGCUCAUUUCAAAUACAGUGGUACCUCGGGUUACAGACGUUUCAGGUUACAGACUCUGCUUACCUAGAAAUAGUACCUCGGGUUAAGAGGUACUUCAGGAUGAGAACAGAAGUCGCAGGGCGGCAGCGGGAAGCCCCAUUAGCUAAAGUGGUACCUCAGGUUAAGAACAGUUUCAGGUUAAGAACGGACCUCCAGAACGAAUUAAGGUCUUAACCUGAGGUACCACUGUACUGUGAUCAGUUUCAAAUCAGUUUCCUUUCAAAUCAUCAGUUGUUUAGCAUUUUGCACAUAAAAUUAUCAUCGUUAUUAUCAUUAUUUAUCAGCUGUUUUUCUUCAAACAUGAAACUCAAAGCAACUUUAAAAACAAGAACAAUACAGCUAAAAAUUCACACCCAACUCUACCACACACCUCACUAAAAUUAAGAUCUGUUGGCCUCAAUGAAUAAGAAUGUUUUUCUCUGGCACCUACAAACAGCUAGUGAUAGUUAUGCCUCCCUGGGGAGAGCAUUCAAUAAAUGAGGGGGGCCACCAUUGAAAAGGCCACCACCCUUCAUACCUCCCUUAGAUGUUUGAGUAAAGCAGGGAUGGAGGAGCACUGAGGGUUUUAUUUUUUUAAAGUUUUAACAAGAAGAAAUAACAGAUGGGUUCUAUACAGAACAGAGCCUCUCCCUUCUCCCUUCUGCCCCUUCUCACUGUACUCAAACCUUGUUUUAAACUGCAGCUUACUCCCCUUCAUGCUACUCAAACCUCUGCCAUUGUUUAAAAUAACAUUUUUCCUUUCAGUUAUUCUCCAUCCCUGCUUUACUCAAACCUCUGUUAUUUAGAACCACUUUCCCCCUGUUAGUAUUCAUGCCUUCUCGCCCCUGUGCAAUAGCCACUGGUGUUGCUUAUCCUGUCUUCUCCUUUGCUCCCCUACCCCACCCUGACUCCAUGCAAAUCCAGGAUUGUGAUGAGGCACUGCAAAUCCUCUAAUGGGGACUGCAUGGUGACAGCCUUACAUUUUAAUGCAGAUAGUAAGAUAUAGAUGUUCAAGAGAUGGAGGAGUGUGCUCCUAGGCCAGUGUAAAGAUAGGAGUAGAUAGACAACAAAUCUUUUGUUGUGAAGUCUGAACUAUUCUUUUGGAACUUUUUCCAGCGUCCCCAUGGCACACUUAUUGUAAGAGAGGUGGGCUUUCAUUGCAGUUGCUGUCAAGGUCUAGACAACCCUGAGCUUGUUGGAAGACUGGGAGGAUACAAAUAAACUUGCUAUAUCCUGGAAGGUAGCAACCAAAAAAAAUCACAUGAGCUAUGUCUUUUCUUUUCCUGCUAGAUCUAUUGCCCUUUUCAGCACCUGGUGGACCUGCUGUGUUUCAAUCAGUUGGCAUGAGGAGCAGACAACUAAGAGCAGCAGCACCUAUGUAUAUGAUGUGUAGUAUGCCAGGUCCUCUCCUCGCUUGCUCUGCUGAUUGCAUGAAUGAGCUUGAAGACACCUUAUGUUCGGAGUCUCUUUGCGGUCAGUCCUCAUGGAAUGGAUGCAGGGCAGAUACUGGAAACAGUGGAAACUGGAAACAUCUGUCAAACUAAUGACCAGGGAUGUCCAACAGGUCGAUCCCAGGGAGGUUGCAGUCGAUGACUGUUGAUCGCAGGCUUAUUUCCCUUUGCUUUUGCCUAAGAGCACCCAGCCCCGCAUCCUCUCCCCUGCCUGGAUUUUCUCCUGAUAUCUGUAAUGGAAAAGUGCUUUCAUAGCGUUGUUUUGGAGAGCAACUAAUCCCUUAAAAGCCCCCCCCCCCCAAAAAAAGCCCAAUAAAAUGGGCUAUCUCAUUUUGACCAGAUCAACUUUGACCAGAUCACUGUCAGGUUUUAAUUCUGAAAGUAGAUUGCAGUCCCUCGGGCGUUGGCCACCCCUGUAAUAGACAAGCUAAGUUAGGGUUGCCAUACGUCUGGAAUUUCCUGAACAUUGCCCGGAUUCGGCCGUCUAAAGCAGUGUCUGGAUGGGAAUCGCUUGAAAGUUGGGAAAAUCCGGAUACAGUGGUACCUCGCAAGACGAAUGCCUCGCAAGACGAAAAACGCGCAAGACGAAAGAGUUUUCCGGUUUUUGAGUCGUUCCGCAAGACGAAUUUCUCUAUGGGCUUGCUUCGCAAGACGAAACGUCUUGCGAGUUCUUGCGAGUUUGUUUCCUUUUUCUUAAAGCCGCUAAGCCGUUAAUAGCCGCUAAGCCGCUAAUAGCUGCUAAGCCGCUAAUAGCCGUGCUUCGCAAGAUGAAAAAACCGCAAGACGAGACUCGUGGAACGGAUUAAUUUCGUCUUGCGAGGCACCACUGUAUGUGGCAACACAUAUUGGAAGUCUCAAUGUUGAUGAAUUUCCUUAAACGCAGGACAAGGGCUUCUCUGCCAGGUGGUGAUAAGGUGUCCAGUUAGGAGGGAGAGUCAGUGUUCAUCCACACUCCUGCUUGCCCCGUGCCCAGAAAACAUGAGUCUGAGCGGUUUUCUGCUUGUCCUGUGCUUCCUACAAAGGCAACAGUUCUGCCACUUUUCCCCAGAAAACCCACUCUCUAGUGGUAAAUCGGAACAAACAGCAAUCCAUGGAAAACUCAGUUUCCAUUUGUUCUGAUUCAGUACUAAACCAUGGGUUUUCCCAGAGGAAAGCAGCAAGAAGAACAAGGUGUGGAUGAGCUCUCAGAAACAAUAUGCCCAUUGGCUCAGCUAUUUAUUGUCCUAUGUAUACUGAUGGAAAGGAAUGCACUUGUCCUGCCAGUGCAAUGAAGGAAGUACCAUCCAUGCUUUUCUCAGCAACCUUGAGAUUGAAGCCUUCUCUACACACUGUGGGGCUGCCUUUUGUACAGGAGCUGAGAAGCUUCAGCUGGUACAGAAUACCUCCUCCCAUCUUUUGAUAGAAAUUGGACAUAAUGAGAACAUAGUAUACUGCAACUGUACUUGUUCCAGCAAGCAUGCAAGCCCAAGUGGUCAACCCAUCAAGCCCUUAGUAACACUUCUGUGUCAGAUGAAAGGUCCAGCGUUCUGCUUCCAGCCAGAGAGUUUCACAAAACUUUCAAACGGGGUACCGAGUGCAAUGGAGCUCCCUUGUCCUUUAUUCCUCAGUGUCAGCUGUUCAAGCAUUCAGCUGACUCACUUUGAAACUAGCUGCCUUAAAGUUUAUCAUAUUUUUAAUGGCUCUUUUGCAGAGGACGUUGAGCCCACCCCCAAGAAAGAGGAAUCUCCUUUCUUGAACCUGGUAUCUCUGCAGAAUGCUGAUGGCUCCUGGCCGCUUGAUUCUGACCUGGCCAGCAUCCUAGGCCUGAGUGAGGCUGAGAUCUCAAGCAAAUCACCUGCCCAGGUAGGUUUUGUGGCAGAACCAGUGGCAUCUACUGGGAGCAGAGUGGCAACAGCAAUCUGACUGUUGAAUGGUUUCUUUAAAUGUAAAGGUUCAUCAUUGUUCCACCCGAUGUGUAUGUCUUUAAGAGGCCAGAGCAAGGGCCAGAGCAAGAUAACGAGACCCAGCUUUGCAGCUGUGAAACAUAGCAGGUGCUGCUGAGUUGUAUUGAUUAAGCUGUGUCAGCAAUUGGGUGUAGUAUAUAAGGAGCAGCACCUAGCUCUCCCAUUACCCUGGGGGAUGGGUUGGUGGUUGGGUCUGGUUUGUUGUUGAUGUAUUUAGUGUAAAUGGAGUUUUUGUUUUUGUAAUUAAAACCUUGUUUAAGUACUUUUUGAGUCCCUUUUUAAUGCAUGGUCUUCCCAGCAAGCUCUCUGCAGCGCUACCAUACUGCAAAAAGCCAACAGUCCGUGGAUAUAAAUGGCCACCCAUGAUUUUGGGGCGUGUAACAAGGGGAUGUGGUAGCACUAACCAUAAUUUUCUGCCACACAUACAUACAUACAUACAUACAUACAUACAUACAUAAAUACAUAUGAAGCUAUAGGGUUUAGAUUGCCAGGCAAAAGCCCCUCUAUAGAGAUCAUGUAGAAUGAGAUGCAGGAGAGGCUUAUUUCUCAUCUUAUAAGCAGAAAGGUUGGAGAAACUGCCUUAACUAUGGCUUCCUCCAUAGAAAUGAUGUUUGAAUGAGCAGUAAGGUAAACGAUGGUUUUCAAACCUGCUUCAAACCAUGGCUUCAUAACCUGGGUUGUCGCUAAAUUGUAACCAUAGUUCCAACAUGUCACACUCAACCAUGGUUUUAUUUUGCUUAAGCAUUGCCAUGCAUGUGCAGGACCAGUGAGUGACCAGGGUCCAAUGUUUCUUUCUUUUGACUCCUGAUUCUCGUUACCAGGUGGCCCCGAACACAUGGGCGACAGUGCUGGCCAUCCUAUGGCUCCACAUCAAUGCCAUGGAGCAGAAGGAUGAGUGGGAGUUACUGGAAGCAAAAGCUCUCAGCUGGCUCCAUGCAACCACAGGUGAGUUGUGGGCAGCUGGAUGCGGGCGGGCUUAGGAUGGUGUGAGGAAGAAUGAUGGAGAGGCUGAAGCUUGAAGAUGAGACAGCACUUCUGUUCCCCAGUCCAACCAAUGCUUCAUUUAAACUUUUAUUUGAUCCCUACUUGGGUCCAGCCCGAUCCCCUUUCUUGUGAAUUUAGCAUCCACACUAAAAAGAAAAAAUCCUGCCCCACCACUAGAGCUCCAGUCUGGGCAGCACAGCUUGCUACUCCCUAGCUCCCGCCAUAGAGAUUUUCUCCAAACAAGUGCUAAUGCAGAAGGCAGUGGUACCAUUACCAUGGCACACACUCUUCAUCUCCAACUCAGAGGUGGAUGUCCCCAUUUUUCCAUCAUGGGGAGGGCAUAGAAUGGAGAGAAAUGAACAGGCCUGUUUGAAAGCUACUUGUGCACAGGCUGCAGUGAGGUGAGUGGCACUGAUAGAUCCUAGCUAACUCUGCUUAUUUGUUUGUCUGCAGGGCCUCAGUUGGCUGAGUGUGUAAAGGCCGGCAAUGCAAUGCUUGGAAGCGGUGUGAGCCCGGACGUUUUUGAAAUCUGAGUUUCUCUCUGCAAUUUUCUCUCUGUGCCUUUUAAAACUGAAGUUUCAGCUUCACUCUUCUUUUUUCCCCCUCCAAGUGUACCCAGCUGUAUUCCCACUAGGGUGUCAUCAAUCCCAAGCUGUGUGCUUGCUUCUGAUGCUGCCAUAGCUUCACUGCAAAAAGCACUGGAGUUUCCUUCCUCUGGAGCUGCCUUACAUUAAUGUAAUGUAAUGUAAUAUAAUAUAAUGUAAUGUAUUAAUUAAUUAAAGGUCUUGUUGCCUUAAGAAGGGGAGAGGGCCAAGUACACAGCAGAGGAGAGGGUCGGAUGUGUUGAGAAUGAAUGUUGUAUACUGAAAUGUUUUGUAAUGUGAACAUAAGGACCUGAUUUACAUAUAAUGAGAUGAAAUGUUAAUAGGAAGUCAGAAAGUAAAAAGGGGGUUAUAGAGAUGCUAAGAAUUUAGUAAAGAUGUUCGGAAGUCAGAAGGAGGGAGGGAAGGAAGUCUGUGCACAUUUGAGCAAUGUUUAAGGUUAUUGUUGUAUGUAACAAAAUGUGAUUAUGAUAAAUAUGGAAAACUCAAUAAAAAUUAAUUAAAAAAAAAGAGAAUGAAUGUUGUAUAGGUGGGUGCUGAAAGUCAUUCAUUGUGGAAGCAACAAUUCUCUUCAACAUGUAAGUGGGAAUGUGAGAGUUCCUGGAGAGGAAAUUGUGGCUGCUGCUGCUGCUGCUGCUACACUGUUCUGAGUUCUGAUUUGGCUUAGUGUGUUGUCCAAGCCCAAGCACAGUCUCUCUUCUUCAAACAAACCACGAGCUACUAAACUGAGAUCAACCUUAGAUUAACAGCUUGCGGUUGGUCUGGGGCAAGACAAACCAUGAGGCCACAUUUGAACAACCCACUGACCUAAACCAUGGCUUAAUUCACAGCAGCAUGUUUGAAUGACCUGCUGAGCCCCAAACCAUUACUUAGCUCACAGCAGCAGGACAGAGCAGCAGCUGCCAUCUCCCCAGAAAUCCUCAUGGCCAGCCAUAGUUCGACUUAGUGUUACAUAUGAAGCGGCUCAGUCAGUUUCCAAGCCCAAUUAAAGUGCUGUCAUUAACCUUUAAAGCCCCAAAUGGAUUUGGGCCAGGUUACCUGAAGGACCAUCUUCUGUAGCUCUAUGUGCCUAGUCCUUAAGGUCAUCAGAGAACCCUUUCUCCAGGUUUCCCCUCCUAAUGAGGCAAGACAGAUGAUGGCCAGAGAGAGCCUUUUCAGUGGUGAUGCCCUGAUUAUGAAGUGUCCUCCGAGGGAUUUGCCUACCAUUUGCAUUAUGGUCUUUUUGACACCUAUAAUGUUUUCUUGUACUGUUACAGUCUUUUGAGUUUUGAGUUUUUGAUCUGCAUUUUGUAACCUUUCAAUUUUAAGUUUGCAAACUGGGGAAAGGGUAAUUGCCCAAUGAUGCAGGUAUUCCCAUGUUCAGUCUUCUGUCAACAGACAAAGCUUUCAUUGAGGGGAAAGGGACUGAUUGAAAGUAUCUGCAAGCAAUUGACAAAUCCUGUAGUGUGAUUUACAGAUAAGCAGAUACUUUGUAUCUUUUCAGCUGAGCAGAGCUGUUUUGCAGAAUGGGGCUGGUUUGUAAUAGAUGGUGUAGCUGUAGCAUGACCCUGUCUGUAAAUUGAGAUGGAUUCAGACAGAGCAAAGUCUCGCCAUCAACCUGUGAUGGUAUUUUGUUCUAAUUUUACUCUUACCAAGAAAUGGAACUGGGUCAUAUUGAAAGGUAUAACUUCCUCUUAUGCUUUUUUGUCAAGCAAACUUUUUCCGCACAGAGACCGCUGAAUUGAUCGGGCUAGAAGAAAUUGUAUGCCAAGCAGGCAAGCAUUGCUUGGACCACCAGAUGGCACUCUGUGCCUGGAGAACACGGGGAUCACAAGUAUAUGAAGAUAGAAAGAUGUAGCUGUUAGAGUGUCCUGGGCAUGAACAGGAAUACUUUGCAUAACCAACUCUAGAGAUACCAGAACUUAAGAGAAAAACAAGCCCAACCAUUUGUGCAUACAGCCAGCGUGGUCCGGUACUCAGCAGGUUGAAUGGGAAGUUUAUGUGUUAGCUUUCCUUGCACCCCAUUCCUCCCACCCUUCUCCAAGUUCCUUAAGAUCUAUAUAUUCUAUAUCCCCUUGUGUUCCCUCUUCUGUUCCUCCACAAUUGUUGUUGUUGUUUAGUCAUUUAGUCGUUUCCGACUCUUCGUGACCCCAUGGACCAGAGCACGCCAGGCACUUCUGUCUUGCACUGCCUCCCGCAGUUUGGUCAAACUCAUGCUGGUAGCUUCGAGAACACUAUCCAACCAUCUCAUCCUCUGUCGUCCCCUUGUGCCCUCCAUCUUUCCCAACAUCAGGGUCUUUUCCAGGGAGUCUUCUCUUCUCAUGAGGUGGCCAAAGUAUUGGAGCCUCAGCUUCACGAUCUGUCCUUCCAGUGUGCACUCGGGGCUGAUUUCCUAAUCAAACAACUGUGAAGGCAACCAGAAUGGGAUUCCUACCUGAAACUCCUACUGCAAUUGGGUGCCACAUUUCACGGGCAGUUCCUCCACACAGCUGAUAGGAGGCAAACUUUGCCAAAGCUCGCUUAAGCUGGUCAAAGAAUUUGAGUGUGGGAGAUCAAAUAAAAUGCCUUCCCUGAGGACAAGAUAAUUUCAGUAACUUGUGAGCCCACUUAAUGUAGUUGUACCCUAAGGUGGCUCAAUGCAGAAGGCAGGCCUCCUGCUCCUUUUAUAGUGGGUAGGAGAGGGAAUUUCAGCAAAUGUAGUUUGUCAUGCCAGCGACUCCUGCUUAAAUCCCCUCUCCUGCACAAUGGUUAUUAAGGUGUGGGAAUUCUGUUCUCUGCUGUAGGCAGCCAAGCUACUAGGGUGGCCACUUGUACCUCUCCAGAAAAGUGAAAAUGCAUCAGUAAUAAAAGGAAAAUAAUUGCAUAAAUAUAAAUAGAGAAGGCAGAUUUAUAAAUAAUUACUAUAAUUCAAAUAGAAAUACAGAUGACUGACCAGGUGGCCUCGUUUCUGCUACUCAGGAGCUAAUUGUUGAUUGGCAACUUCAAAAUCCCCACAUGGUUUGUGUGUCUUUAUACCAGACUUGGACCAGGCACCCUUUCAAAUAGAGGACGGUCCUUUGUUAAGUAGGACCACAUAGCUAUCCUACAUGGACCAUCUGAGCUGCUCAGUGUCACAGGCAGAGUGAUUUUCCUUGGCCUUAUUUAUGGCUCAUGGCUGGAAGGCACAGUGCAAAACAGGAGUUGGACACCCUUCAAGUGCACACGCCUGGAAUAUUUUAUUAGUGAGGAUGCCUUGUGAAAAUCCUAAGCUGCCCAGUGGUUUCCUCAGUUCUGCAUUCUGGUGGGCUUCCUUCAGCAGUCUUCAGUCCAGCUUUAACCACAACAUACAUAUUGUAUGGUCCCGUCCCCCCAUGGUGAUGUUGAUGACACAGCAAGCUGUCUUGCACUGAGUCAGACCAUUGGCCUGCCUAGCUCAGUACUGUAAUAUCUACACUCCUGGUGGCUCUCUUGGGUUUCAGACCGGAUUCUCCCAGCUCUCCCUGGAGAUUGAAUUUGAGACCUUCUGCAGGCAGGCAAAGCAGAUGGUCUGCCGUUGAGCUACAGCCUCUCCCCACCAGACUGCAGCCCACUAGCAGAUCUCAGCACAUCAGUUGAAGGCUGAAGGCCUAUCCAAAGCUCUUCACAUGAAGUGACUGCUUUUGCUAGUUCCUAGGAGGCCGGGGAGUUUUUUUGCAGAGGCAUGUUGCAUGGCAUGUCACAGAGAAUUGCUCGGAAGACUCUGGCACCUCUUGUCUUAAAUACCAAGGAUCUAUACUUUCAAGAGUUAUCUGCUCCAAAUGUAUUCAAUAAUGGGCCUCCCCAGACUUCAGCCGUCCCAGUUUUCAAGGCCUGCGCCUAUGCAUGUUUCCUCAGAGUCUCACCCAGUUCAAUGGGACCUCUUUCCAAGUGAGUGUGACCCAACUUGCAGCCUAAUGAUCUACUUUCUUGUCAGUUGGACCGGCUGAUCCUUGUUCUGUCUGUGACCCUGAGAAACCAUUGCUCUCUUUAUUUGCUGUUUUCAAAAACAGGUUUUCCCCUCUCUCAAAAAAGAAAAAGAAAAAAAGACAAGUUUGUCUACUUUUAUAAAAGUUGUGCGUAGACCAGGCCUGCAAGUCACAUGAAUCUGUUUGGCUCCUGGCCAGGCCACAGUAUGCAGGUGGUGAACUUUGUCUUCUGUUUGAGGGGCAACAAGGUCAGUCAUCACAGACAUUGCUGGGGUCUCAACAGCACUCUAAGCCCAGAUCCCCUGUCAGUAAAGUUUUUGUUUUUGUUUUAAUGUUUUAAAAAGAGAAGGAAAGCAGCAGAAAAUCUAGGGCCCGGCUCAAAAUACCUCUUGCUUGCCCUCCCCCAACCUGCUUCACAAUGCCCCUGUCACUUUAAGGGACUUUCUAUCUCUAUUCAGUGCUGUAGCAAACAUACCCUCUUCAUGACAGUCGUCUUUUUGUUGACUCUUUUUUUUUUUCAAAGGCUGUGCUAAGAAUGAUCGGUGAGGGGAAAUGUCCUACAUUUUGUUUAAUUGAGCUUUAAUAUGCAGCAUGCGCUUUCUAGCUCAGUUUUCCUUGGCACAUGAUUUAGUCGUUCUUGGCAUGCAAAGCUACACAACCUGCUUUUCAGAUUCUUGAAAACUGCCGUCCUAUCCCUGCUUCGUUUUCUUUUCUCUUUAAGCUAAAUAUGCCUGGUUCCUUUUAACCACUUUGUGUGUGUGUCAAACCCUGCUCCAUCCUUACCAGGGGUGCUUCCAUAUAGGAAUUUAUUGUGGAAUCUGUGCCGCUCAUGCACAAAUGUUUUUCACAGCAACCACACAAUGUCAUCAAAUUGCUAGCAUGCACUUUGUUUGCAUUUAAUCUCUUUCCCUUUAAUGCAGAAAAUCCAAUAAGUAAAAAUAAGCUGUUAUACAUCCAACGAUACCACUGGCGUGGGAGCUCAUUAACACAUAUCUUGGGGGGGAGGGCAGUUUGUCUCUCAAACCCUUACUUCUGUUUGCUCCUCGGUUUGAUUCUGAGCGCAAGACACUUUGUUUCCAGUGGCCCAAAUGGUAUACAUGUGUCAAUCUACAUUGACUGCAGCAUGUUGAAGCCACAUCCAAAUUUCAACAACUCGGAUUGUAGAAACUGUUACCUCAAGCACAUGUGAGGGAUUACCUCAGAGACUGUGAUCGUACGAACACAAGAUCAGUCUUUUUAAAAAAAAUAAUACAGAUGUCUUAUGCAAGACCUCUCACUCUUGGACAAGUCUUAUAUAAUUCAUGUAAAUAUUGCUCUUGUGCAAACCUCAGUAUUUUUUUUUUAAAGGAAAUGGAUAUUGUUCUCCACAAAAACCACCAGCCUCCUUUUUGGCCACUGUGAACUUUGAUAACUAGGGUAGGUAACAUCUGCUUUUGUACACUUCCUGUGAUAUCUAUAUAUAGAUAAAGAUAUAUAUAGUGUGUGCAAGCAUAGGUACAUAAAUACAUGUGAACAAGUUCAGCAUGGGAAAAAGUAGCAGAGGGCAGGAAAUGAGUGAAUGAGAAGGACAAAUGAUACCACCCAGGUAACAUCCUGUCAUGGUUUGGCCACUGGUGUGGAUGACAAGCAAUGGAAUAGCAAGGAAUAUCCACGACCGGGGGGGGGGGGGCAUCAAGUGUUUGUGGAAACUAAGGUUACUUCCAGACCUGUUUGAAUGAGCAUUCAUCCUGAUUUGUUUGUAGACAGAUUAGACAAUGUUAGCUAUUUAAUGAGCACUCAUCCUGAUUUGUUUGAGGAUAGAUUAGCCAACGCAUCAAGCAAUUGCGUUAUCCCACACUUUCCAGCGCAUUUUUCCUGUCACUUUCCUCACUUCCCAAUCUUUCAGGCAAGCGGGUUUCUUUCGCAAGAGUUCCAGCUUUAACUGCCAGCCUCAGUUUGCUGGUCUGUGACUGAAUCCCACCCCAAAAUGCUGACAGUCCGAAAGUGCUCUAACAUACCAAGUGUAACAUACCCAGAAAAAAUAAAUUAUUAGGAGCUUAGCUCUUGUAAUAUAAGGCUCCUGUUUGGAAACACUCUAGAUCUCCACGUUGUCUGUGUCGUCCUUUAAGUGUGGCAAUCAAAACUUAGCAUCAUAUUCCAGUUUGUUCCAGUUAAGGCCUUGACAAUGCAGAGUAGUCCAUCCUGAAAGCUGCCACCCAGUCACAUUUUGACCAGCCAAACAGCUUUUAAAUACAGUGGUACCUCGGGUUCCAUACGCUUCAGGUUACAGACUCCACUAACCCAGAAAUAGUACCUUGGGUUAAGAACUUUGCUUCAGGAUGAGAACAGAAAUCGUGCUCCAGCGGCGCGGCAGCAGCAGGAGGCCCCAUUAGCUAAAGUGGUGCUUCAGGUUAAGAACAAUUUCAGGUUAAGAACGGACCUCCGGAACGAAUUAAGUACUUAACCCGAGGUACCACUGUACACCAAGCCUUUUACAUCCAAUAUGGCUGCUUGGCUUAUCACAUUAGUCACGUGGGAAUUACCAUUAGGCAACUGGGCCAGAAAGUUUGUGUCAGUUGGAAGGGGGACGGGGUCUUGUUUUGCUGUUUCCCCUUUGAAAACAUCAGUGUCCCACAAAUAAAUAUAGAUUUACUUAUUCCAUUUAUAGCCAGACUUUCCUCCAAGGAGCAUGCAGAGUUCUUACCCACACCCACAAUUUUAUCUACAGAGCGACACUGUGAGGUAGAUUACAAUGAGAGAUUGUGCUUGUUGGCUUAAGGUCCCCCAGUGAACUUUGUAGUUGAGUGAGGAUUAGAACCUGCGGGUCAUAGGAACACAGGAAGCCGAACCAGACUGUUGCUCCAUCUAGCUCUGACUGAGAGCAGCUCUCCAGGGUUGCAGGCAUAGGUCUCUGCCUGCUGGGCCUGGAGAUGUUGGGGAUUGAACCUGGAGCAGAUGCUCUAGCACUGAGCCACAGUCCAUCACUCAAACCACCACACCUCCCUGGCUCUUGUUUUCUGUGUAGAUAUACUGAGGUGUAGCAGGUAGGGACCUGCUGAAGAAUAGUCUCCUUUGAAACUUUUUUCUUUGGAAGGUUAAUUUACACAGUACACAUAAACUUGGCUUCGACACAUUGAGAUUAUCAUCACAUGCCUGGGCUCCUUGCCAAUGCCAGUAAAAUACAGCAGUAGAAAAGACAUGAUUACAGGCACGCAGUCGAGUUGUUUAGGGAAGUAUGCAAACAGUUACCAAAGGCUUGUGUUUUCUUUCUGGCCUGGCCACUUAUUAGUGCUACCUUGCCUUCGUCCUUUAGUUGCCCAGCCUUCAUAGCCACUGGCCAAGAGUAAGAGCCUCAGCCUGGCAUGAGUGCAGCGGAGGAAGCUGCCUUAUCUGAAGUCAGACUGCCACUCCAUCUAGCUGUUGACACUUGACUGGCAGCAGCUUCCCAGGCUCCAGAUCGACCUGAGAAGCCAGGGGUUGAAUCUGGGACCUUUCGUGUGCAGAGCAUAUAUUCCACCGCUGGGCUAUGGUGCUUCCUCAAAAGCUGGUGGCGAGUUCACCUUCAGCAGAAUUAGGAUGGCAGAUGCAGAAUACCAGUGGGGCAGGACUGCUGUGGUGCCAGAGCAUCCCCACUUCUUGAUGCCCACCAGAAAUCAAGGCCUUGUAACUACACUAACAGGAAUGGAGUUGCCAUUUAAGAAUUCAGUUCAUUCAUCCGAUGAAGUGGGCUUGAAUCUCCUGAAGCUUAUACCAUAACAGACUUGCUAGUUUCUAAGGUACUGCAAGAAAAGUGAGCUUAAUUUCUGAGUCAUUUCAGUUGUAUCCCAUAUCCUGUACACAGCGUUGUUGACAGUAACCUGUCCCUUUUGCAACAGUGACAUGUUGCUGCCUUGUACCACUAAUUCUUUAUUAUUAGCAUUACCUGAAGAUCCCAUUGGCUGGGUCUUUAGUCUAGACCUGUGGCCCUCCUGAUGAUGUUAGACUACAGCAGGCAUGGGCAAACUCAGCCCUCCAGAUGUUUUGGGACAACUCCCAUCAUCCCUAGCUAACAGGACCAGUGGUCAGGGAUGAUGGGAAUUGUAGUCUCAAAACAUCUGGAGGGCCGAGUUUGCCUAUGCCUGGACUAGAGCUCCCAUCAGUACCUGCCAGCAUUGCCAAUGGUCAGGGGUGAUGGGGACAGAUGUCAAACAACAUCUGGAGGGCACAGGUUCUAGGCAGUUUCAUUCUAGCUUUGAAAAAAAAAAGCACAUAUUGUAGUGUACUUCACUUUUGACUUCCAUAAAUUUCCCUUUAUGAUUUACUGCCCAAAGCUCUGGUUUAAGUGAGGUUGGUUUGAAUUCUAAUCCUGUCUUCUAAAUGUUUACAGUUUUAUGUCACAUUCAAGUGGGUGAGUAAAUCCCUCCCAAUCUUUCAGAAGCUCAUCCAUCAGUGUAUAUGUUGAAGGUCAUUGAACUCAGGACCAGGUAACUCCUCCCAACCAGACGCUGAUUCAUUACCUGUUUGGGUGUGGCUUUCCAACCAGCUGAGCUGCAUUAUAACACCUUCCAAACCGUGUUCCUUUAGUUGACGCUUAAGUACAUCAAGUGGAACGAUGUAAACAGCUUGUUUUUCUCAAGAUCUAUUGCAUUAUCCUUGCCCACACAGUUGUGGCAGACAGAAACUAUAUUGGCUUUGCAUAGUUGUUGUUUUUGUAAUAUGAAGUGCAUUUCCUGAUGAAGAUUUCUAUGCAUUUACCAGCUGCAUGGUGGUGAGGAAUUCAACAAGUGCUGUUUUCCUAAGAAAAAUCUAAAUCUGUUGAACUUUUCAGUGCCAGGCAGGUAUUAAAACCACCAAAAGGAAAAGAGGCAGUAAUCCCCUUGCCAAAAGCAAAUUAAUGCUCAAGACUAGGGCAAGGAUUUUCUCUCACUGUCUAUCCUGACGUGUUUAAUUGCUAGGAAGAGGAGCCUGUACUUGCUUUCUCUCUUGCUCUGGUUUUCUCAUGCCUUACAAUUCUUAAAUGAGCAAUGUUGGGCAACUGGAUUUUUGCAUUGCUGGGGGUUGGACUAGAUGGCCCUCGUGGUCCCUUCCAACUCUGCAAUUCUGUGGUUCUAUGAUUAAACCAUAGCCAUAUACUUCAGUUUAAAGCUGUUCAACGAUCAAAGUUCUGCUCUCCCCCCAAAAUUCUGCAGGCAAUAGUUUUGUGAGAAUACAGAUAGGCUGUGAGUUCCCUAGCUGAGAGCCAGUGACUAUGAAAUUCGUUUGAAUUUGGGCUCAUUCACACAGUCUUUGGAGCCUGUAGUAGCAGUGUUUUUAUAGUCAGUGGCUGACUCAACCUCUAUGUUCUCUCUGCCCGCUCUCUUAAUACCAUUAGCUUACCUGCUGUGAUGUCACAGAGAGUCUGCAAAAACUUUGAAUUGGGCAACAAGGCUUUAGAAUUUGAAAGCUAAGGUCCCCAAGCAUCUUUUGCUAAGCUAUACUGCUUGAGUACUGCUUAGCUGACAGAGGUUCUCCAAGCACACGUUAUUGGUAUAAAUUACAUACUACACAGGCACAGAUAAGAUACACAACACAUUUGCCACUUAGGGAAUGUGGUAAGGUCACACAAACAAUAUCGCUAAGUGAGUAUCUGGUUUGGCCUGGAAGAGCCUAAUCAAGGCCCAGCUCUACUGCUGAAUCUGGUGUAGGACCUUUGGAAAGUUCCAAACUCUCAGCCUUAUUCUCCAUGUUUGUAAAUUGGGAAAACGGAAAACAACUUACAUACACGCAUCAUUUUUAUUUGUAUAAUUAAAAUCGUGCUCAAGGUGGCUUACAACAUAAAAAACUACAUAAUAUCAAAUGUAACAAAAGUAACAAAACAAUAGACAAAAUAUCAAAAAGGGCAAAACCAAACUGAACAAUUUCCACAUAAAUCAUAAGUUCUAAAAUAAAGGUGCAAAAAUUUAAUAUCAAUAAACAAAAAACAAAACACAUGUCAACAAAACAACAUAAACAAUACUCCAGCCCAACACCUACCUCUGCAUUGUAAUUAAUUGCUUUUAGCACCCAUAUUACAGACUGGGCUGACAAGAGUAAUAUAUGGUCUGAAUAUACACAAUGCUCCCACCUAGCUGAAGCUGGGCCUGGUCAAUGCCUCGGAACCACAUGUAAGCUGCUUCGAUGGAAGAAAUACAGCAAAUAAAGACAAAAAAACACAACACCCCUGCAGUGUAGUUCACUACUAUAACCCUGCUGAAUGUCAGAAGACUAUGUCGAAAUAUAGUAGCUUUUAUAAGCCCUGCAAUGUGAUUUUCCAGGCUAGAGGAGGGGUUACUUCAAUUGCACCCUCAAAUAUCCUCCCCAGCAACCCAGCAGUCAGUUACAUGGAGACUCCAUAGACUUGCAUACAGACUGAUUGCACCUGGGCGUAUUUCCAAAAAAGGUACCUCAAGUAAGACUCCAAGUUAGAGCAGGAAUUCUAUCGAGUAUACUAUUAAUUUUCAAAUCCCUCAGCUUCCGGGUGUGGUAACAUACACACAUCAGGGUUACGCCACAACAUUUUGUUGCAGGGCCCUGCUGGUAUGACUGCUCCUCUGUCAAACCCCUGUUAUGUAUAAACAGGUUGUUCCAUAUGGUCAGCUGCCUGCUUUUAAAACGAUUUAACUCUGACACUGAUAAUAAGCAAAUAAAUACACAACAAUAUUUGUAACCGUGCGACCUGAAUCUUGCAGGAGGCUGGCAGCUUAUGAGAUUGGUACAGUUGGCAAGCCCCUCUGGCUUAGUGGUGAGUGACUCCAUGACCCCGAGUUGGGCCGCUGCAGCAGGCAGCAGGAGUUAAUUCCUCCCUCGUGCAAAACCGGAUGUUUCAAGUGAGGGAAGAUUUCAUCCACCUCUGGCAAAUGCUCCCACCUGGGCUUAAAAGUCUGGCAGGCACAGGAGGAAGCUGGUGAAGGAACUAAGCAACCACUGUGUGUGUGCAUGCAUGCACGUACACACACACACAACCCUUCCCACCCCACGCCAUCCGCCCGUUCCCAAAUCGGAGCAAGGUGAGCACUCCAAGGGGCUCCCCCCCCAUCAGCUUUGAUCCUGGGGCGGCCCGAGGGUGCAAGAGGAGUGGAAUAGAUCCGGCUCUGGUCUGCUGUUCCUGGCUGCUUGCCACUUGGUGCCAACACGUUUCCAGGCUCAAAGCCAGUUCCUUUUGGACUCAUACACCACCACCCCCUUCCCCAAAUUGCCAUGGAAACCAUCCCCACAGCGAGGCCUAUCCAGAUUCCCUUCCUCAUCCACCCUUUCGAAAGGUUCUCUCUCCCCCACCCUACCCCGCAUGAGAGGCCUUCCCUCAGCGGAGGACCCCCUUGUCAAGUCGCUGGGAAGCCCCAGGGCCAGACCUAAGCUGAAAAGAAUAGGAUAAGGGGGCUGCUGUUUGUCGAGCCUGCCAGCCCCACGCCUUGGCAGGCCAGCCCUGGUGCACAAUAGGGCAUUGAGAAGUCUUUUCGCUCGCUCUCCUGCGCACACACACACCCCUUCAUAGCGCUUGGCAUCAGAUCUUUUGUUCUCUUCACUGGGAAAAGUCGCCUUACCCAGAGCCCUGGCUCGGUGACCAGCCAAAGCCUCACACGGGUGGGAGGAAGUCGGGAACGGAGGAUCUUUGCAAGGGCAGCUGCUAACUGUUCCCUCCGUUAAGAGCCGGCCCUUGCCUUGCUGUGCCUGUUGAGAGAGGUUCAAAAGCAGAAGCUCAACAGGUGAAGUUUUCCUCAAGAAUACCUGUUGAAUUGCUACCUCUUAAGGGCUUGGCUGUUCAAGGCAUAGAGAGAUUUGCCUCCUCACCCCCCCCCCCAGCAUUACUCCUCAAAGAGAUCCUUCCCAUGCCCAGCAAAAACAGAGGAUCUCAUAAGGGUGCAGGCAUAGGCAAACUCGGCCCUCCAGAUGUUUUGGGACUACAAUUCCCAUCAUCCCUGACCACUGGUCCUGUUAGCUAAGGAUGAUGGGAGUUGUAGUCCCAAAACAUCUGGAGGGCCGAGUUUGCCUAUGCCUGGGUUAGGGGAAAGGCCUCCACAUUACCUGCACUGCAUAAGGCAAGAUAUUAUCCAGCGACUCCCUAAGUGAUUGUGCUCUCUGUUAAAUAUUUGGAUCUAGACUAUCCCUUGGGGCACUCCGCUUCUUCAACAUAUUUUCACUUAAGGAAGCAUGUCUGUUGUGGACGGAACACCAAGAGAGCAAGAAUUAUGUAUAAAUAAGCACAUUCCUGUACUCUGUGUUAGAGUACAGCUACCACUUGCCGGGUCUGUGCUUCCAGUUAUUAAUAAGGAUUAGAAUCCACCUAUGUAGGAGUUAAUUGCCAAAGUCUGAAAGAGCUGCUUUCUAUCCCUCUUUCACUAUUAAAGAGUGCUUAAAAGGUAUUCAGGAGUGGUUCAUUGGGACGGGAUCUUAAAAUCACUUGACAAGGAGUCCUGGCUCCCAGACAGUUUCACUCUUCAAAUAAUUAAUGGGCAUCUUGUAAAUGCUUGUUGAGAACAGGGCACAUCAGGGCUGCUGCAUCUUAUUCCCACCCCCUGGCAAAAGCUCCUCUUUCCUUCGUGAUUGUUAAAAGCGUAGGAGCACUGCUCUCCUUUGCGUCGGACUCACCCAGGCUUAAAUGGAGCUCAGGAGUGCCAAGUCAAAGACCUCGACCCUCCGCUGGGAAUAGGGAGAAAUUAAACUUAGCUCACAUUUAAAGGAGGACCUCAUACCUCAGUCUCUCUCUUCCCCAAAGAACACAUGAACACAAGAACAGCCAUACACUUCUCCAAGUUUUGCAGUGCCUGCUAGUAAUGUAUACCAAAAAGGCAUAAACCAGCUAGGACGAAGCAUGCAUAAAAAUGAAUAGAUCGGUGAAAACAACGUAUCAAAAAUGCAUUCGAUUGGGGAAAACUGCUCUGCAAUAAUGUGUAUAAUAGGCAAAAUUGCAUCCCAACAUAAUAACAACAAUAAUAAUUUUAUUAUUUACACCCCUCCCAUCUGGCUAGGUUUCCCCAGCCACUCUGUGUAUAUUAACAAAUGAUUAUAUUAGGAUAAAAAUUCAUAGUAAAAUGCUAGUGAAUUUUCAUGAGGAAUUAAAGAAAACAACCAACCUGAUGUGGGAAUGUGGGAGCACUGAACUUAAAGAUUGCAAAAAUGAAAAACUGUGAGAAAUCGAAAUUGGCAGAUUUGCCCAUCGCUGUCCUUCAUUUUCUUCACUUAACCUUGUAGGCUAAUGGACCUCAGUUAUUUACUUAUUUCAUAAAAUUUAUACACCGCUUGGCUGUAAAAAGAGUCAAAGUGGUUUACAAAAGAUAAAAGAGGAAAAUCAAGAAAAAUGGACAACCCUAGUUAGACGUGCCCAUAAAUUUCAAUGGGUCUCUUCUGAUUAUGCCUCACCCUGAAAUACAACAAACUGGGGCUUGAUAGAAGGAGGAUUUCCCACCCUUGCGAUAGGUUCUUACUUUUCAGCCUGCAGAUGCUAAAAUAAUAAGCCCGUUAUUUAAUCUGGAACAAUUUACUGUCACCUGUUGCCAUAUUCAAACUACACACCCCUUUGUGGAUAUACGACCCUCACUUUAUAGGAACACAGUGGAAGGGUUGGGGAAGAAUACACCCACAGCAAAGUGAUUAAGAGGAGCCGAAAUCUAAUCCAUGUCCAGUAUCUUGGUGUUACACUGUGUACCCCUUGUCUGCCAAACCACCCACCAUGAUGCAUAGCUAAGCCCAACGUUACGAAUCCAAGCUUGGAAUAGAGCCCUGGAGUCCACACCACACACACAUACACACAAAAACACCUGCACUACCCACUAGAUCACUCUCUCCCAUCUGAGGGAACUCAAGGGAUGAAUUUCCCAUCUUUCCUUCUGUUGACCCCACUUCCUCCUGUUUCAUCCAAGUGCCCAGGGGAGUUUUAAGCAUCUCGCUGCCUCCCACUCUUCCUCCAAUAAAAAUGCCCCUUUUUAUGCCUUGGGAACAGAUGGACCCAUGUAGACCAGAGGAGGGAUUAGCUCUGCCCAUUGCCCCGCGUGGGGGGUUAUGUGUGUUUGGGGCCCCAUUUUAAAGGGCUGGUGUCUCCCACGCCCCAUGCCUGCUCUGGUGUCUCUUUAAAUCAAUCCUUGUUUGCCUCACACGCUCUGCCAAGUGUCCUAUUUUUAGAGACGCUCCUUGUCUCCGAUCCGACCCCCCUCGACUUGUUUUGCAGCUUCCCCUGCCAGCCUCUCUGAGCCUGAGCCAAGGGGGUGGGAGAGGCCAGUGCCAACCGCAUUACCCACCUUAACGCUGCCCCCUCCGUCUCCAUGUCUCUGCAUCCCACCCUCCACGUGUCCCUGCCACACUGGCCAACUGCCAGAAAGUCCACCUCGCGGGCUGGGUCUAUUGCACACACAGCCCGUUCCCCAGAUAGCCCUUGGCUGCUCCCUCUUUUCCAAAUGUAGCCCAAGCCACUCAUUCUUUACUAAGGACUGCUUGCACACCCCGCUUCCUUUCAAAUCCGCCAGGGAGGAGGUUCCACCACAAACCAUGUAUUGUUGUGUGUCCUGUAGAAACCAGAGGCCUUCUCUUUUCUUCGGGUGCUCCCCUUUGGAGCUAAAGAGCAAGAGGAGGAGGAGGAGGAGAAAAGAGCAGAGUCCAGCUGAGGCGGGCUUCUGUUGCAUUGCAGGCCAGGAACAAAAUGUCCCAGAAGCGAGUCCAAGAAGAAGAGAAAAAAGUGGGGUGGAAGGGUGCAAGGAAGAGAGAAAGAAGAGCGAGGAAUUCUCUCCAAAGUCUAGGUUGGUGUUUCCAAGAAGAGACACGAAGGUCCAGAUUCCAACUCCAAAAUUGGAUGUUGACAAUGAGAGGCAGGGCCGCCCCUACUACUAGGCUUAUCAGACACAUGGCCAAGGAUUUAUUCCCCGCUGGCUGGGUGAUGCCAUUUGGGUUUUCUAACUCAAGUGCCAAAAUAUCUAGAUGGCCUCUAGUCCAGUGUUCAAAUUACAGAAGGGAUGGAGGGGUGUUUUUGUGGUAGCCCCCUUAGCGACACUUCUGUAAAACUAUGGGAGUGCUUGAUUCGGAUAAAAUUAAAGGGAAAUCAAAGGGUGGGCCUUGUGGAUUUCAUCAAGUCCAGCUUCCCCACCACCAAUAAUUCCAGCCCUGCUCCCAUUGCUAGGGGUGUUCAUUUGCAAACCAGCUUUUGUUUAAGUGCUUGACAUGUUUUGUAUUGUUUUUUAGGUCUCAUCUCAUCCUGUGGUAUUUUAUAUGAAUGUGCCAUUUACAAAUAUUCAAAUAAAUAAAAAUAAACUUCCACUUCCUUCAGGAAAAAAAAAAUCCAAAUAUUGUGUGCGUUCAAACCUCUCAGAAUCAUUCAGUGAUGGACCGGGAGACAUGAGGGUCACCUGUGUUUAUACUUUGUUACUGAGUGAGCACUGAGAAACCAGUCAUGGCAACUCAGCAGCACAGUGCAGAUUGUGUGAACUGCCUACACUGAAAAGUGUUUGGUUCAAAGAGUGUCUGGUGUAGGCAACCUCUUUCUGUAAUGGAGAGACGAUGAAGGCUUAUUAAAGAGGAAUUUUUACAUUGACUACUUCAGCUCAUAGCGACUUACGGUGAAGAAAAAUCUUCCUUAAAAAUUACAGCACAAAAUAAAACUUCAGAAGAAUGAUAAUAAGCACAAACUCCCUGGCUUAACAACCAAGUUCCAACCCACCAUGGCUUACUGGCUCAGUGUAGUAAUUCACAGACUGCGUGCCAUGAAACAACUGCCACAGUGAUAAUUAUUAAAUAACAAGGGACUUAUUAUGAGCCUGAAACACCCAUUCACAGGGGAGGCUGCCCGCUGUCUCUCUGUAUGAUUUACUGCUCUAGCCUUCCUUUCUUUAAAUCAGCUUCUCAUGGAAAGGAGUCAGGGCUGGAACAAUAAAUUCUUCUGCACCUCUGCAUCAUAAGGUGUACUCCCUUGUGGACAGAUGCAACAAAAUUAGAGGAAGCUGCCAGGUGUGUCUCUGUGUAACACAAUGCUCUGAGCCUUCCAAUCAGAAAACUUGCUCAGAAAAGUGACUGAUACAGAAUCACAGGGGUGCCCUCCGUUACAAGUAGUUCACUCUCCCUCUUAAAAACCAAACUUUUCUCAGGUACAAGAGUGGAAUGUGCUUAUUUCAAUUCAGGUAGAAAAGUGUUCUCCUCAGCUCUCAGGAAAUUGCUGGCUUGCUAAAAAGCCUGCUGAAAGGUAUAAAGCCUUGCAUUGUUUUCUGAGGAACAACAGUGAAGAGUAUUUGCUCACCUCAGGAGGAAGUGAAUUCCAUGAGGCCACCACUACUGUGAUGUUCCAGUCCUCACUUCUUUCAGCGAUGGGGCCUUCUGUUUGGUGGGGAUACGGGCAAGAGAAAAAGAAUGGGACCACAUCCCAGGUGUUUUCAUACCAGAUACUGCAUCCCUCAAGUGUCAAACAGCUCUAUGUGAACUUGCCCACUGCCAGAUAUAUCUAUAUCCGUAUCUGUGUGUUUCUAGAUGCUUUGGUGCCAGAGGCAGGAAGCCCCCAAGAUAGUAAAAAUCUAAACUAAAUAACUAACAAUUCCCUGCCCUUUUAUGGUACCCAGAACUCUGCUGCUAAAGUCAGGCUGUCUUGUCCUGGUGUCUGGUGUCCUCUGAGGCCGAGAUCUGCAUUGUUCCAUAAACCUGGAAUGCUGACUGAAAGGAAUAUGAGGUUGAAUAAUUCGAAUUCUAAACUUUUAAAUACGUAAUAUGCACCGUGACACCACUGCUACCAAUCCUCAGAAUGCUUCAAAUGGGCUUUUAAUAUGGUUGCUUCAUUGGACUUUUGUUCAUGUCAUCUUGAUCUCUUUUUUGUGGUAAUAAACCUUGCAAAUAAAAAAAAAAAGGAAAAAUGAGGUAUACGUUUGUUUUGUCUCACUUUAAAAAGAAUUCGCUACAGAUGAUACACUCUUUGUGCUAAGUUCCCAAUGCAAGUGACGCUGAGGCUCCACAGCUGCCCUCAAAACCUACUGCCUGCAAUCUCAGAUAUGUGGCGGCAGGGGUGAAGAGGGAGCUGGUCCUAGUUACUCACUAGUGAAGGGAAAGCAUUUUUCGCAUGCUCAGAGAUAAUGCAUAUACCGUACCUAUAAAAUCAUGUAGGCCAGGCCUGAUCCCAUGCUACAGUCAAGAUGUGACAUGAUUUGGGGCUAAACUCUACUGGACUUUAAAUGUGUCUUUGCAACAGUGGCCUUUGACACCAUCGACCAUAACAUCCUUCUGGACUGUCUAGAGGGGCUGGGAGCUGGGGGCACUGUUAUACAGUGGUUCCGUUCCUUUCUCCUGGGCCGUGUCCAGAAAGUGGUGUUGGGGGAUGAGUGUUCAGACCCCUGGGCUCUCACUUGUGGGGUGCCUCAGGGUUCCAUCCUCUCCCCCAUGCUUUUUAACAUCUACAUGAAGCCGCUGGGAGAGAUCAUCAGGGGGUAUGGGCUGGGUGUUCAUCAGUAUGCGAAUGAUACCCAGCUCUACCUCUCUUUCAAAUCAGAACCAGUGAAGGCGAUGAAGGUCCUGUUUGAGUGCCUGGAGGUGGUUGCAGGAUGGAUGGCGGCUAAUGGAUUGAAGUUUAAUCCUGACAAAACAGAAGUACUGUUUUGGGGGGAUGGGGCGGGUGGGUGUGGGGGACUCCCUGGUCCUGAAUGGGGCAACUGUGCCCCUGAAGGAGCAGAUGUGCAGCCUGGGAGUCAUUUUGGACUCACAGCUGUCCAUGGAAGCGCAGGUCAAUUCUGUUUUUUUUAAAAAAUAAUUUUUAUUAAGGUUUUAAACAACAAAGAAAAAGAAAAAAAAACAUACGCAAUACAUAUAACAACAUCACACACAAAAAAAACACAAAAUUCCAUGUGUCCAGGGCAGCUGUCUACCAGCUCUAUCUGGUACACAGGCUGAGACCCUACCUGCCUGCAGACUGUCUCGCCAGAGUGGUGCAUGCUCCAGUUAUCUCCCGCUUGGACUACUGCAACAUGCUCUACAUGGGGCUACCUUUGAAGGUGACCCAGAAAGUACAACUAAUCCAGAAUGCGGCAGCCAGACUGGUGACUUGGAGCAGCCAUCAAGACCAAGAUCUUGAAAGACGUACAUUGGCUCCCAGUACGUUUCUGAGCACAAUUCAAAGUGUUGGUGCUGACCUUUAAAGCCCUAAACGGCCUUGGCCCAGUAUACUUGAAGGAGCAUCUCCACCCACAUUGUUCAGCCUGGACACUGAAGUCUAGCGCCGAGGGCCUUCUGCCGGUUCCCUCACUGUGAGAAGCCAAGUUACAGGGAACCAGGCAGAGGGCCUUCUCGGUAGUGGCACCUGCCCUGUGGAACGCCCUCCCAUCAGAUGUCAAAGAAAUAAACAACUAUCUGACGUUUAGAAGACAUCUGAAGGCAGCCCUAUUUAGGGAAGUUUUUAAUGAUUGAUGUUUUAAUGUAUUUUUAAUCUUUUGUUGGAAGCUGCCCAGAGUGGCUGGGGAAACCCAGCCAGAUGGGUGGGGUAUAAAUACAGUGGUAACUCUGGUUACGAACUUAAUUCGUUCCGGAGGUCUGUUCUUAACCUGAAACCGUUCUUUACCUGAGGUACCACUUUAGCUGCUGCCACGCGAUUUCUGUUCUCAUUCUGAAGUAAAGUUCUUAACCCGAGGUACUACUUCCAGGUUAGCGGAGUCUGUAACCCAAGUGUUUGUAACCCGAAGUGUUUGUAACCUGAGGUACCACUGUAAUAACAACUUAUUAUUAUUAUUAUUAUUAUUAUUAUUAUGCCUUUAAGGUUUGUUAAAAGGCAAAUUGUAUCAGCUCUGUGCACAUGAGAAUUACCUGGAUCAGAGCUGGCAUACGAGAAAGCAAAUUUUACACUUUCCUUCCCUGCUAACACAACCCUGAAGAAAACCCAUCCUCUGAAGGAUCACCAAGGGUGCUUCGAGACAACCUGUGUAUUGAGAAUUCACCCUGAUAUGUUUGCAGGGAGAUUAGAUGACAUGUUGGCUAUUCAUCCUGUAUGUGGGGAAAGUGGAUGACAUUCUGUCAAAACAAGUGUGAUCUCACACUUUUUUUUGGUCGUUUUCCUUAUUGCAAAGAAGCCUGAUCUAUGGGGAAAGCGACUUUGUUGCGCAGGAGUCCCAAAUAAACUGUAAUAGCAUAACCUGAAUUUGCCAGUAUGGGAUGGAAUCCCACCCGAAAACAGCGACUAUCUGGAAGCGCCCCAAAGCAAAUAUCAAUGAAUUGGAGGAUUUGCCCCACUAAUAUCACCAAAAGGGGCUUCCAGUCACUAUUUUCAAAUGGUAUCCCAUCACAUCCCAGCAAGCUGCCCAAUUCUAGCUGAUUUGGGGCUCUUGUGAAACUAACUCAUUUCUCCCAAAAAAAACUGCCUUUUUUUGCAGAAUGGAAGGGAAAAUGCCCUGGAAAGUGUGAUGCAACACUUUGUUUGGUGAUGCAAGGCUGCCUAAUCUCUCCUAAAACAAAUCAGGAUGAAUGCUCAUUAAAGAGGUUGUCUGGAAGCAAACCAAAGCAAGUAUCAACUUUGGAAGAGGGGUGUUGCUUUAGACCACAGCAGGGGAGCCACUGGGUUCGGACACUGGCAGGAAGGGGAGAGAGAACUGAGGGGUUGGCACCCUCUGUCUUUUGAAGGUGUUAAAGGGUUAAAGGCCCUCCUCCAUGCCUGUUCUGAUUCCAUUAAUUUGAGUCGCUCUCCAGCUGAUGUUAUUUGCACUAGAUAGAUGGAUAGACAGACAGACAGACAGACAGACAGACAUAUAUGAGAGAACCCUGCAUUUUGGAUGCCCUGAUGUGUUUAACUUCACAUUGGAGUCACAUCCAUACCACACAUUUAAAGCAAAUGGCUUCUCCAAAAAGAACCUGAGAACUGUAGUUUACCCCUCACAGAGCUACAAUAUCCAGCACCCUUAACAAAGCCCAGUUCACAAGAUUCUUUGGGGAAAGUCAUGGGCUUUAAAUGUCUGCUGUGGCUACAGUGUGGACCUCAAUUCAUAUUUCAGCUCCACAUUGAUAGCAAGUUGGGGUGGUAUGGGUUAGGGGCUCAAUACCAACAGUCAAACAUUGGCAUUCUUAGGUUGCCAAGCAAAGUAUUUCGGCAGGGAAAUAGAAAAAUUUGUAAGGGGUGCUGGAUGUCAGGUUACACCAACGCCAGAGAGUUAGUAGCAGCUAUGUAUAGCAGCUCUCUCUCUCUCUCUCUCUCUCUCUCUCUCUGUGUGUGUGUGUGUGUGUGUGUCUUGUGAUCCUUCACUAGGAUUAGUCCAGGAUGCAAGCAGUACAGGGCCCAACUGGUUUGACCAGCUAGACUUGCCCAAAGAAUGUGCCAGGCAAAACAGUCCCACCCAGCCCUGCCAGAAAAAGCAACAUUUAAGUGGGUGGGUUAGGAACAGGACGCAGCCACUAGCUGUGAACUGAGAAAAGUUAGGAAGCUGGGAGAGAAGCAGCUCUCUGACACUCACGGCUGCGGAGAAGAGGUUGUGCUUCGAAACGUAGUCACACAGAGUUCACUCUGUGUGCUGCUUUACGUGGGCACAAGAGAGGCAUAGCGUCUCUCUUAUCGUAACAACCGUGCACAGCCGUGCUGUAGUGGCAGCAACCUACUGGGGUAGUAAAAGAUUCCAGCAUCCUAUUGUUUUCACUGCAUUUGCAGGAGUGCAAAAACUGGGGCAGAUGUCAUCUAGCACCUGAUAGAUGACAAUAAAGUGGGGCUCUAUUAAGAGCAGUGACACGGAUCACUGGGGAGACCCUGGCUAUUGUCUUGAGUGUUUUAUCCUAGGGCAGGAUUGUGGAAAAUGUGCGUACAAGGCCACAUAGCAGUUUUCGUUUUGGUUACACGACACUCAAGGCAGUAUGUGCAGUCCUGCCCCCAUCUUCUGUCCUUACAAUAGUCCUGUGAGCAAGGUUAAGUUGAAAGACAGUGACUGGCCCAUGGCCCACCUGUAAGCUUUGCGAAAGAACAAGGAAUUUCCUUCAUAAUAUUUAUUUAUGGUAUUUACAUCCUGCUACUCAAGGCAGUUGUGUGUGUGUGUGUGUGUGUGUGUGUGUGUGUGUACACACACACUCACUCACUCACUCACUCACACUCAAGGAAUACUCAAGGUGGAAACAAAUAGAUAGAGACAGACAGACAGACAGACAGACACACACACACACACACACACACACACACACACAUACAAGACUAGUUUUGUAUAUAUAACACAUACAAAACUACAGUUCAAAAGCAACAGCAACAAAUCCAUAGCAGUAAUAAAACAGCACUAAAACAGAGGCUCUAAUUUAUAAAAUCGAACAACCUCAAAAAGAGUCCCACUAAGCAUCAAGAAAAGAAGGGUCCAAACAAACCUCAUUUGGAAAGCCAAAGGGAUGGGUCUCCCCAGAGAACUGCCUCCCUGCCCAGGAUAUUCUGGGCCUUGGCUUUUCAGUUCUCUCCCUCAAUCUCUGCCUCCUUCCCUAAUUUGCAACAGAAAAGAGGAAGGAAAAAUACAAGCUAAUGUUAAUAAUUUUAAAAAGAGGGAGUCCUUUGCCAGCUGAUGUGGAAAAUAAGAAUAUCCCAUCAAUUUAAACGUAUACAUUAAUAUAAGCAGUCCAAACAGGUGCCUAAAUGAAACUGGGGUGAUUGUAAGAAAGGGCGGUGAGAUCUUCAAACCACCGGGUGAUAGAUGAUGGGUGUUCAUCCUUCCGGAGAGCUGGUCCACCCAUCCACUGCUUGGAUGCAGCUUUUGCCUGCACUGCAACAUUGUCCCUAAAAUGCAGGUCUUUUCCCCACAGAGCUGAAUGGAGCCCAUAGAUUUAUGUGGUGCAAAAUAAAGGAGACCCUUUGAGAUGUGACUCCUUUGAGGUGUGAACUGAACCUACCCCAUGCCUUUGGUGACUCCAGACAUUAAAAAUCAAGGCUGCAUCCCAGGUUCUGUGUUUUGAGCAUGCCUUUUUGCAACCAAAUGCUGGGAACUGUCCCCCCCCCGGUAAGGUUAGUCAAUCUGGCUCAGAAACGUGCUUAACCUCAAAAUUAUUGCAACAGAACUAACCAAGGUAGAUAAGGGGAAAGAUACAGGCACCCUGCUACACAGUUGCUCAUUUUUUUAAAAAAAUAAAACAAACCUGCUCCUAUCUCCCAGUAUUCUGGCCUGUGAAUGUAACUACACUGGUGUAAUUAAUAAUAAUUAUUAUUUAUUAUUCAUUAUUUAUACCCCGCCCAUCUGGCUGGAUUUCCCCAACCACUCUGGGUGGCUUCCAACUGAAGAUUAAAAACAAUACAGCAUCAGACAUUUAAAACUUCCCUAAAGAGGGCUGCCUUCAGUUGUCUUUUAAAAGUAAAAUAGUUGUUUAUUGCCUUGACAUCUGCUGGGAGGGCGUUCCACAGGGCAGGAGCCACUACCGAGAAGGCCCUCUGCCUGGUUCCCUGUAACCUUACUUCUUGCAAUGAGGGAACCGCCAGAAGGCCCUUGGCGCUGGAUCUCAGCUGAACGAUGGGGGUGGAGAUGCUCCUUCAGGUAUACAGGACCUUGGCACUUUUUUAAAAAAAAGAGGGGGACCCUCUGUAAAAUUAUUGGUCUAUCAAGCUGAACAAUUUCUGCACUGACUAGCAAGGGAUCUCCAAGAUUCCAGACAGGGACAUUCCCAGCCCUAAAUGGAAAAGCCGGGGUUGAACCUGAGAUCUUCUACAUUCAUAGCAGAUGUUCUACCUCUGAGCUAAUAUCCUUCCCCAUGAAACAGGAGAGUUUGCCUGAGAACCCCUUUGCAUCUAACAGUAAGCAAAACCAUGGUUUAUUAUUAAUAAUAAUUUGAUUAUUUCGUGCAAACAAUGCACAGCUUACACCAAUGGUUUAACUUGGAUAAAGGCAGCUUCCUAAAUUCCUGUAUUUGCUUUCAAAAAUUAAAAUGUAUACUCUCCUGCUUUGAAAGGCUUUCGUCUUCCCAGUUAUAGACAUGGGCGCAGUGAGGAAAUUUUUUUGGGGGGAGGCUUUUGUUAGUGGGGCAGAACCUCAGAUUUGCAUUGAUUUUGAUUUGAUUACCGCCCCCCCCCCCCAGCUAUGUCCAUGGUUUUGGAUGCUGUUGGAUAUAUGGCUUGGGGGUGAACCCAGCAGGGUGGGGGAAGACCAACUGAAUUUGGCAAGAUGGUUGCUUUAAGACGCAGUUAAGUAAUUUUAGGCUCUGGGUGUUGAUGGUCUUAUGGAGAAGAGUUCUAUAGAUCAUAAUGUAUAUUACUUCAACCUACUUCAACAUGUGCAAAACAAGCUCUGUUGCAUUUGCCCCCCCCCCCACCCUUUUCAAAAGAAAAAUUAAACACAGGUGUAUUUUUUCCAAAUGUUGAAACAAAGAGAACAACAUUUCAUUUCAGACCCAUCUCUGACACCAACAUCAGAAUCCUAAAAUGCUCAGGCUCAACAUUUGGUGAACUUCCAAGAGGAAGAGAGUUUUAGAGCUGGGAAUCGACCACCAUGAAAUCGCUGUUUGUUUGAAGGCACGUGUGGAUUUUAAUGCUUCAAAAUCCUUCACUGUGAGUCAGUAGUGGAACUUACCUCUGAAUAAACAUGCAUUGCAAAGAGGGAUUUUUCUUGUCUCAUCUGACUGCAAGUUUUGAUGGGCAGAUUGAAGCUGCAGACCAGAGAGACAUGCUUGGCAGCAUUCAGCGAGUUGUUGGUUAAGUUGAAAUCUGACUCUGGAUCUUUUAUGUUGACCCAGGUUCAUCAUGGGGGGUGGGGGAGAUAAUUGGUACCCUGUAGUUAACUUUAAAAAAGAAAGAGGAGGAAGAAGAGUUGUACCAAGACGCCAAGCCUGCUAGGAAUUCAAACCUUCUCUCCUGGAACCCUUUUUCUUUGAGAGCACGUAAGAGCAUGUGCAGAGUGUUUCCUGAAACCUAGAGAGGAAUCCUGGGCAGUCCCCCCCCCCCCGCAAACAACAUAUAUCUGACAAAUGCAGGGGGUGCUAUUUCAAUAUAGAUUUUGAAGAAUCACCUAUUUUAGGUGCUACCUAAUCUCAAGGUUUGUGAAGAUGGGCUCCGGUUGCUAACAGCUGAGCGGAAAUGCAUUUUGCACAUGCUCGGCGGUGCCGCCUCUUCCACGUUUUCCGGGGCUCCCAUUCCAAAAUAGCUGCUUCUUCUGUGCCUGAGCUGAGCCUGGCGCUUAACUGGAGCUCUGUAAUCCUCGCUGAGAUUACUGCAAGGGGAGACGGGAUCGGUUGUGCGACUGAGCGAUUAUUAUUUUAUUUCAUUAUUAGUUCCGGAUUAACUACUACAGGUUUUGUUUUGGCUGUUCGCUGCUUUCGGGAACGCCCCCUAGGGCUGGCCAUAGGUUGCGGUGUGUGUGUGGGGGGGAAUUCGAGGACCUUUGCCCUGUAGGGGGCGCAGGGUCUCCGCUCCCCACACAUUGUUUCGCCCCAUUUUGCAUUCGCACGUACAUUUUUUUAAAAAGUAUACUGCGCUCGAACCGAAUCUGGAUGUCUGCGGGGAGGGAGGUGCUCAGGUCACCCCGAGAGGAGAGGGGGGUCUUUCUCUGCCUUUGUAGGGAUCCCCCUUUGUUACCAAGCAUCUGGGGAAAGAUGGUUGCCGGUCUCUCCUCCCCCUCCUUCUUCCCCUCCCCUGAUUUCCUCCCCCCACCCCCUUUCCCUUCCUUGUUGGCAAUCUGGAUUGGCAGAGGCGGAGCUGGGGGGAGGGGAUCUGGGGGGAGGGGUCUUUCCCUGGGGGUGGGGGGAGGUGGUGUUUGCAGUCAGAGAGUCAAAGGCAAGUGAAGGUGGAAAGACAGACGGAGCGACCGAGCGCAGCCGCCGCGGACGAGAGGGAGGCAGGCAGGCAGACAGACAGACAGACGCGCGGACAGUGGGUACCAGAAAAACGGGGUGACAUUUUGUGGGUGGGAGGGGCUGCCAGUCUGCAAAGCGCGGCUGUCCUUUUUUCCUAUCCCCGGCUCCUUCUUCUUCUUCGCCUCUGACCUCCCCCGAUCCCUUGCGAGCACCCCGAAAGGGAGGGAGGAGAAAUCUGUUGCCAGAUGUUGCCUAGUUUUAUAGGAGAUUAAAUGCCCCUGCAGGCAGAAUCUCCCGCUUCCCUCCCCCCGCGCACACCCCUAAAUCGGGUGCCUAACCUCCCUAGAGCUAAGUAUACAAAAGCCGCCUCCCCCCCCCCCCGCCUCUUAAAAAAAACACAACCAAAACCAGAAGAAUCCUCUGUUGCUUUUCGUUGCUAUUGCUGUGAGUAUUUUCGGGGAAAUGUCUUGUGUGUGUCGGAGCCCCCUCCCUUCUCAUCCUCCUCCUCCUCGCCCGCGCCAUGAGCUGCUUUGAUUUGAUUUCCUGCCCGCUUCCUCGAUUCGCUUUGCGAUUGACACGAUCAACAGACUCAAAUGUCAAAUGGAAAAACACUCCGGAUGGGAGGCACCCCUCCCUCCCCCCCACCCCAGCCCUCGAAGGGCCAAAUUGCUUAUGCGUUUUGGGGAGGGGGGUAAAGAAAGAAGAAGGAGAGGCGGGUUGCCCCCCCUGGUCUCCAUGUGAGAGGGGGGUCUGUCAGGAUGGAAUCGGGAAAUACGGGGGGGGGUGGCUGCGGGAUUUUUGCCUUCUGCUGGAGGGAGAAGGAAGGCGGGGGGUCGCUCGGAGGAUUAAGUGGGUUGCAACUAGAGGAGGAUUUGCAAGCUGCAGGGUCCCUGAGCUCUGCUGGAAGCGAGGAGAGGUGAAACUGGCGUCUGUAUGUGCGUGUCCCAAAUCUGCCGGCAGCUUGGUCCUAUUUCUGGGAGUGAGCAGUAAGCCCCAGUGGGUAGAAGCAAGGGGGUGGGGCUAGGAGGUGAGGGGGCCAGGGUGCUAGUGGGUCGCAAGAGGGAUGGAUCUGGGAGGCAGGAGGCAGAGUGCAAGGAGCUCGGGCUCUUUCUGCAAGGCUUGGCAGGUUGGAGAGCAGUCCGUGGUGGAGUCAGCACUCCUGGGUUCUCUGGGAGGUGUGUGAUCAGGUGAGAGCAGGUGGGUGUUGCCGCCUUGGGCUCUCUGAGAUCUAAUGCUAAGGACCAUAAAACCCAGGGUUGUCUGGGAGAGGAGGCAGUGGGGCGAGCAUCUGGAUUCUGCCCUGGCUGUGCAGAAGAAGACUUCCAGAGGCAUACCGUGCUGUCAAAUCAGUGUGCUGGGAGUUCAGCCGAGGCUCCUGGCUUGUUGGAGAGAAGAGUCAGAGGGUUUGAAGACCAAGGCUGGGAUGCCUGGAUUUUUUAUUCCUGGCUCAGGGAAGGGAGCCGGGUCUCAUGGGGUCAGGGCCCAAAGAGAUAGGAAGCCGCUCAUCCCCUUUGGAGCAAGGAGGGUGACUGGGUUUGGGCUUUUUCCCAUUUUUUGCUGCAUGUUCCCAGCCCCCAAGCCUGGUGGGGCUUCACGUGGCCUCAGCUGCAGGUGUGUGCCUGUGUUUCCAGCUCCUCUGGUGUGAGUGCCAAGGCCGCCUGGCACGUAGGCCCUUCCUGUGUUGGCACCUGGAAGCUCUGUGGCAGCCUACAUUACCUGGAGCUAACUUUCAGCUUUCCACAGUCUUCAGCAGAGCAGCAGCAGCACAGUCUCCCGCCCCCUUGCCAUGUGCUUGGGUUCUGCUACUGAAGACACCAGAGAUCUUUCCCACAUGUAGCACCUCCUCACACAUAACCUCUUGACUGUACUAGAUGUGAGCACAUCUAGGAACCCCCAUUGCCCACUUUCCAAAAAGAAGGUCUGGGAGUAAUUGGGCUUAUUUGGAGCAAGCAGUGAAGGGAAAACAGACCAGUUUUAGUUGUAACGUCUCACGUGCAUGGACAUUAAGACUCUCCACACACAAACACACAUGUCCUGGUAUACACAAGUAGCUAUUGUUGUUGUUGUUGUUUUAAAAUUGGAGUACCUGUUUGUUGGGGUCUGGGGAUGAUAUGUGCAUAGCCUAGGCCUCUGAGCCUCAAAAAGAAGUACACAGCCCACGAUGGGCUCAGUAAACCUAGUUUUGCUGCUGUCUUGGGACCUCCAAAACGGGGAGGGGGUUGACAAGCACAUGAGAAGGCUGAGUAUACCUCCACCCCUUUGUAGCACUUCCUUUCUAAAUAGGUGUUGCCAGGGCUCAGAUCUGCCUUUGGUAAAGUGGGGGAAGUGGGGUAGAAAAAUCACUGCACGUGCUCAGAGGCACUCUUUACAUUUCAGAAAGGCUGGUUGUGAAAGCAGGGGGAGGGAGGGAGAUUCUCCGGCUUAUUCAGCCCUGGAUCAAACCUGGCUGUGUGAGUUGAGUGAGAGAAAGAGAAAAGCGGGGGAAGAGGGGAUACCCCCACCCAGCUAAGCAGCCUUUUAACCACGGCUUCUGAGGUUCUGUGCAGUAUUGGCUUGGUGAAUGGAAAUCUUCCUGGCAGGGCUCCCUUUGUCUUUAACAUCUGUGCAGCAGGCAUACAUUCAACAGGUGGGGCUUUCCUUCCAGCAGAGCAGCUCUGUGCCAGGGAAACUGCACCUGUCCGAUUUUUUGGCUUACCAUUCAGCACCUGAAAACACUGGAGCCCUACCAAGGUGAAGAAGAAUAGCAACAACAAAAAAACAGCGACUGUAGAAAGGACUAUACAGCAAGUGAGACAAAAUCUGCGAAUGCAGCAUACAUCUAAAGCACCCACCCAAGAAUGCUGGGAAUGAUAGUUCACCCCUGGCAGGGCUACAGUUCCCAGCACCCUUACCAAACUACAAUUCCCAGGAUUCUUGGGGGAAGGUGGAUAUGUGCUUUAAAUGUAUGGCUUGUCAGAAGUAGAGUACCUAGCCCCAAAAGUACUUUAUUGCAUUCUGUGCCAGCAGAUCAGCCGCCGUUCUCUCUGCAAACCUCAUUCUCCCUUUUGUACCUUCCUAGCCAGGGACCGGGGAGAUCCUGGCUUCCCCCACUUCUGCCUGGCCUUCUCUGCCCUGGGAAGGUCUCUGUGUGCAGCUGCUGCUUCAGUGAUUGGCUGGAAAAAUUCUCUUCUGGAUGCCUGUUCCUUCCAGGCCCCGUUAAGGGCCCCAGAGUGACAAGGAGCACCCCGGGGGAACUGGAUCGCUGCCCGUGCCAGGGUGAUCAGAACAGCUAUUUAUGGCCCAGGAGGGGGAUCCUUGGAUGGAGGCCAGAGUGGAAACCAGCCACAGCACCUGGGAGGGAGAAGAAGAGGGAAAGAGAGGAGGAGGAGGAGGAGGAGGAGGAGAAGAGGGAGCCUGGGAAAAGGGGGGACCUCCUGCUUUUAUGGGGCUUCUGGCAGCCCCUCUUCUUGUUCCAGCAAUGGAACCUGGUGGUGGGAGAGAGGGAAGGAGGGAGGGAAGGAAGGAAGGUUCACAGCUCAGCAAGGGGAAAGUAGCCUAGUUUGAAAGAGCAAAAGAGGGCCGGGGAAGAGGAUGCCUAGCCAUCCUGCUCCCUCAUUGUUCCUCUCUUUUUUCUGUUCAUAAAAUUUAACUCCAGUGCAAAAUAAACAAAACAAACAAACCCUCAGUAGCAUGGUAAGGCUUGCUUGAAGGUAUCUACCAGGGAGAAGAGAGGAGAUAGAUGUUGCCCCAGUUUGGAUAAAAACCUCUAGUUUGGGUCACAGGUUCCUGUGUCUUUGGUUAGCUGCCAGAUAACGGGAACCGGCCCUUCCAUGGUUCUAGGGGGUCUAUGGGUUCGUGGUGGUUGUUUGGUGUGCUCUUGGACUCUCUCUCUCUCUCUCUCUCUCUCUCUCUCUCUCUCUCUGGGGGGGCAUGCACACACAGACACCCGCACACGUACUUUCCCCUUCUCCAGAGUGCCCUGGGGCAGGAGGGAGGACGGUUCCAUUUUUCAGAUGCAUCGAAAUAUGUGAGUGUUGGCAGACUAUAUGCAGACACACCCCUUACAAGCACAGUUCAUUACUGCAUGUUCCAGAAUGGUCCAAAGAGCUUUGCAGUUCCUGCCUUUCUUCUUCUUCUUCUUCUUUGUAAUCCUUCCAACAGCCCCAUGGGCUACUCCUCAAAGGAUGCCUGCACCAUCAAGGGAUAACUUGCAUGUUUGAAUGAGCUGCCGUAGUUCUAACUCCCCUCAGAUAGAACUUCCUUUAGGGAUUGUCUUCCUCAGUACAGUGGUACCUCUGGUUACAAACUGAAUUUGUUCUGUAGGUCCAUUCUUAACCCGAAACCAUUCUUAACCUGAGGCGCACUUUCACUAAUGGGGCCUCCUGCUGCCUCUGUGCCGCCGGUGCACAAUUUCUGUUCUCAUCCUGGGGCAAAGUUCUCAACCCAAGGUACUACUUCUGGGUUAGCAGAGUUUGUAACCCGAAGUGUUUGUAACCCGAGGUACCACUGUAGUGUGUACGUUCACAUAAUCCAUUGACAGUCACCACAUGAACAGUAAUAAAAGCUGCAGUCCUCAACAAGUGUGCCAUGAUGGCCACUGUUGUUGGACUUCCAGCUCCUUUCAGUCCCAGCCACCAUGGCCAAAAAUCAGGGAUGAUGGGAGUUGUAGUCUACUUUGGCUGGUCCCUGUAUUACCGAACUAGCCCCAUGGUGGGACUAAAAUGCAUUGUGUCAUGUUGCAGGCACAGAGAGAAAUUCUGAUACACCCGCAUGUGUGAAUCGGCCCUGGGAAAGAGAUUUGCCCAAGACCACUCAGUGAACUUUGUAGUAGCUUAGGGCUAUUUCAUAUACAGCAUUUUUUUCCUAGGCACGGCCAGGAUGAUUUAAAUUAUAAAGAAAAGAAGAAGGCAGGCUUAGAUCAUUGACUUAAAUAAAUCAACUUCUACAUUUUGAAAUUCACAUAUUUCCUGAACAGGCAUGAGCAAGCUGGCGGAUUGCUGUAGCACAAUUCAAACAUUGGCUUGCAUCCAGGCUCAAGUCAGUUGCACUCUGGGCACUUCCAGGCUGUUGCUAUUCUCAAGUGGAAUUCAAUCGCGUACUGGCAAAUUUGGGUAGUGCAAUUAGAGCUGAUUGGGAGAGCUUGCGCAGCAAACACACUUCCUCCCCCAAUGGUUGGACUUUCUGCAAUUUUUUAAAAAAUGCACUGGGAAGUGUGGGAUAAAGCUUUCUCUGCAAACAAAUUAGUAUGUAUGAAUGCUUAUUAAAUGGCCCACAUUGUCUAAUUUUCAUGCAAAUGAAUCAGGAGGAAUGCUCAAACAGGUUGCCUUUGGCACCCUUAAUUCCCACUGAAAUCAGUGAGGCUUAAUUUAAGUCACAACUAACUUGUCCCAUUGAUUUCAGUGGCAACUAACUCUGCAAUCAUAUAUGCAUAUUCCCAGAAGUAAGCCCUGCUGAAUUCAGUGAGACUUUCUCCCAAGUAAAUGUGCAUAGGGCUGCAGCCUAACUUCAGUCAACUUAGUCUGGAUCUAACCUGCUCGUUUGAAACUAAAUGAAGUCUUAAUAUCAGCUAGGAACAUGAUCCAAAAUGUGUGGCCAUGGUAUUCACAUGCACAGCACAACUACAUCUGUUAGAAGAUAAAUUUCUUUUGGGCUCUCUCUGUGCUAUGUGAGAAUACUAAGCAAGAUCACUUACUUGGAAGUUAAGGUUGCAGUCAUGUGCAUAUUUAUUUGGAGCUAAGUCCUGUUGAACAAAGUGGGAUAUACUUCCAGUAAACAAGUAUAGGACUGGGCUGUAAAUGUCCAGAGCUUUCUGUAAACAUAGGUUAGUCAUUGCUGGGCAAAACAUUGUUUGCCCAUCAGAUGGAAAAUAAAUCUCCACGUAGUUUGUUUAGCAGGUUCAAAAACAAGUGUCUUACUAGUCAACUAUUAUAUGCAGUCACCACCUAUUCCCUUCCUUGACUCCUCUGGCACGCACAGAGGGCUUUGGGAGAGGCAGGGUCACAGAAUCAUAGAAUUGUAGAGUUGGAAAGGACCCCAAGGCUCAUCUAGUCCAAUGCAGGAUCAUCUGUUGUCUAUGCCUGGCAUGGAGAGGACAAGAAACAGCUCGAGUCUCAUGCUGAUUGGAAGGCGCUCCGGCUGUUUCUUACCUGCUCAAAAACUGCACUGGCAAUUGAACCUCUGUCAGGUGCUGAAUGUCCUGUUUGCUAGAGGACGGGGGGCGCUCGUCCCGGGUGAGCUGGCGAAUGAAUUUGUGGAGGCCGAUGCAGAAAUAUUCAUAAUUUGAGAACUGGGACACUCUGAAGAGCUUCGAUAGUUGGAAGGCGCACACUAUAAAAGAGCCCAAGAUCACCAAUAUGGUCUCCCGUGGAUGAUCCUGGUGGUAUGUAGGAGAGCACAUCUGUAUCCUAGUGUUUACAGUCACCAGGUGCAUUAGGAAGCCCUUGGCAAUAAACAGGAUACACAAAACUUAUGCAUCGUUAUGAUGCUUAACCUCAGCAGUCAAGCGCCCUCUGCCCACCAGAGCUUUUUUUAAACAGACCAGACUUUAAUUUAUACAGUAAUCUGUUUGAUAGAUGGCCGUGAUUCAGUUUUAAGAGUUUGGCAGUAAGAACUGGAACCUGUUCCAUUCAGGUGCUAUUUUAGAUGGGUUGCUUGGGGGUUGAGGGAGACCUAUGAUGUAUUUUGAAAUGUUUUGUUAAAAAGUCAAUUUUAAAAACAAUCACACUGAUUUUUAUGCAUCCUGAAGGGGGGUAGCUUUCCGCAUCAACUGAACAGGGAAUAGUCUAGCCACUGAACAUACCAGUCCAGAGAAGGGGGAAGGGAGGAAUUGGGAAAAGGAUGACGUGGGCUUGAGGAAACCUCAGGAUUUAGGGUGCGGAUAUGCAUGGGGCUGGAGAGCUAAUCUUUCAGCUAGGCUUUUAAGUUUUUUACUUCUGGCCCCUCCAGGUAGUUACUAAAAAAGAAAAUAAAUUGUGAAAUAUAAGCAUAGAUUUCUUUUUUGUAUGAUUGGAAAGAUCACAGUUAUGCUGUGUAUAGAGAUUAGGUUCCCUCAGUGCAAAAUUUGGAUGGGGGAGGAUAGCACCACGGAGCAUACACCUUCAGUGUAUGCACACUUGUAACAUCUGCUUUGCAUGUAGAAGGCCACAGGUUCAAUCCCUGGCAUCUCUGUGUAGGGCUUUCCCGACACCCUGGGGAGCCUCUGCCAGUCAGUGCAGGUAAUACUGAGCUGGGUGCACCUAUGGUUUGAUGCAGUGUCUCUGCUGGUGUACCACUCUGCUCCACAUGUCACAGCGGCUCUCGUUAACUACUGUAGCGCUUGAUCGUGUAUUGCACUCCCAGCAGGAAUGAUCAGGGCUGGUGCUGUGCCAGCUGCAGGGCUUAGCCAAGGGGUUCCACUGCCACAGGAAGCAACGGCAUGGCACAGUUCAAGAAGUGCCUCCCCGCAAUCUCUUGCUCCUUUGCCGAGAAUGAUGGGGUACAAUGGCGCUCGUCAGAAUUGCAUCCUGACACCCAUUGGGCUAUUGCAAAAGAUUCUGGGGUGCAACUCUCAGAGCACUGUUUUUUAAUUGGAACCCUUAAACUAAGCGAUACCACUUGGGUUGUUUUUGAUGUCAGGCUGACCCUGGGCCCCUGCCAAGGAAUGGUCCUUUAUAUCAAGUUGCACUCCAUUACAUAGCCAGAGGAUUUGGAUCUAGGACAGCUGGGUUCACUUCUUCAGCUCUGUCCAGGACCCCCUGUGUACCCUUAGACGAGUCUCUCUCCCUCAGUCCCCCAACCUGUAAAAUGGGAGGUUUAUUGCAUAAGGCAUAGGGCCAUUGGUCAAAACACAGUCACAUAAAUGCCACAGAUUAAACAACAGCACAGUGCCGCAAAAUAUCACACAUACCCGCAGACUUUUAAAAGAUAUUAUUUCAACCACAACAACAAAACACAGAACACCAUUUUAGGUAUGAUAUUUUUACAACUUGUGUUAUGUCCUCCGUUCUUACACUUUGUCUUUGCAGCUGCCUCCGUGAUAGUUAAACCAAAAUAAUAGCAUCCUUAUAGGCUUCAGUUAUUUUCACAAGUAAUCAUGAUGCAGAGUGUUUGAGAUUUUAAAAUUUAUUUUGCAUCACCUGCAUCAGUAAUUUUAAAGUGACACCUACCUCAUAUGUUCUCUGUUCCACUUUCAAUCCCACACUCACAACUUGGCACACAUUUGUUUUCAAUUAUUUAUUAUUUAAAUUUGUAUCCUGCCUUUCUGAGGAAUAGUCUCAAAAGCAUCUAGCAGAAAUAAUACACAUGCAAUCAACUGAUAUACGAUAAAAUCAAUACAACCUGCCGGAGAUCCACAGUAUGGGCAGUUUUAUGUGUGGUGUUCAAAAACACUCUUUGAUGGACAAUGAGGCUCAUCUCUUUGUUAAAGUAAGGCCAAGAUUUUUGGUUGGUUCACAUAUACAUUUCUUGACCUCUUCACUUAAUGGCCAGUAGAUAAAUGUGUCACUGUAAAGUGAUGCCACAUUGGAAAGCAUAACAGUUGAGUUCACACUGGGUAAUAUGCGAAUUCUAUUGGCUGGCAUUUGGUCCAGGAUGACUGAUUCACAUCUGCCAUCCCUGCUUGAUGGAAUAGCCAUCAGAUGAGGACUAUUCCUGUGUGAGCCAUCACUAAGAUACAGCAGAAAGCUUUGAGGAAAACUAUGAGCAGCGGUGUACUUUGGUAAUACAGCGCCCUGAGCAAGGACAAAAUCUGGCACACACAGAGACCCUAAAUAUUUAUUAUUUUCACAAUAAUUCCUUUUGGUACAAUUGCUUUUUCAAUCAAUCUUCUCAGUAGGUAUCCAUAUAAAUAUAGGUGGUUAUUUUCACCAUCAUUUUGUGCCCCCUUGGCUCUGCAUUCUGUGCAGGGGAACUGCUUGUACUGCCCUAAAUCUGGCUCUGCCAUGAGUAGAGUCCUGACAGGAGCCCCAUCCUCAGCCAGUGACUUAUCAGAUGCAUGUGGCUGUGCCCCAGCUAAUACACUGCUCGAUGUCUGUGUCUCUUAUAUUUCGCUUCAGGAGCCAUGACGGAGCUUCAGGAAGUGCAGAUAACCGAGGAGAAGCCGCUUCUGCGAGCUCCAGGAGCACCUGAUCCGGGCAAGGUCAGCAAAAGGACAGGAUUCCCCUGACUCUCCCCUUCCCUGCCAUCCCUCUUUCUCCUUCUCACCAGUGUACCCAAAGCUGUCCAGUCUUGCCUGUUUCUCUCCUUGUUCCUUUUCGUCUGAAGCAGAUUGGCAAAGCAGACGCAUAAAAAAUCUCCCUUACGCUGAGCUCAGUAGUCAGUCCAUCUGGCCCAAUGGCGGAAGGGCCCAGUGCUUCAGGCAGAAGUUUUGUUUGUUUUGUUUUGUUUUUCCCCAUCACACUGUUGCUACAUCCUUGUAGCUGGAGAGGCUGGCAAAUGAACUUGGGCUCUUUCAUGUGCAAAGUCUGUGCAAAAUAUGUGCUCUACCCAUUGGAGGCUGAUCCGUUAUCGCAAAUGCCCCACCAACCUUACCUGCCUGCCUUCUUCCUUACAUCCAGUCCAGGGGGCAGCUCUGGGUGUCAGUUUCUUCCCCCCUCAAUCUCAAGUGUUGCCCUUGUAGAAUGCGGCAGGGAACAGGAGGGGGACAAAACCAGAAUUAGUUGGCUGCGCCUGGCUUUGGUGCUGGCUCUGGCUCCACCUACUGGUGGCCUCCCUGCCUUCCACCCUACCAAUCCCAAUGGACACCCACCACCACUGACUCUACCACCAAUCCAUGGCCCCUCCAGAUACCUAAAAAUUGCAACCUCUGCCAAUCCACCAAUUCUGCUGGCCACAUCCAUAGAGGUGACAGAGCUCUACUGAGAGACGAAGCAUGUCUCUUUCAAAGCACUGCAGGACAGAGAUGCAACAGCUGGACCAUCUCCUCUAUUGAGGAAGGGGGAAAAUUCAGAAACUCAUGCUCUACCACUGCGCUGCAGCCCUUCCCUGGUUGUUGCUAUUUGAGAGCUUUAACUCUCUGAAUAGUAGUAUAAACCCUUAUCCUCCCUUGGUCUAUGCAGAGGGCUUGUUUUGCCUUCCAUUGAUGAUGAAGUGAGACAUUUAUAUAAACUGGUUGACCGGAGAAUCACAUACCAGGUCCAGGGCAUUAUCAGAAUUGCCAAAGCUGGCCUGUUCUUGGAUACCCAGCAGAGCCUUGAGCUUCCAGACGUAAACGCUGGAAUAUGAAUGAAUGCAGUAAAUAAAACAGCAAAAAAAACACUUGCAGAAAUGUUGCACUUACAAUCCUUUGCGGUCAUGCUGCUGGGGGAGAUUUAGGUCCAGACUUGUCCAGCCUGUUGUUGUGUUUCUGGAGCUGCACCCCAAAUCCACAGACAUUAUGAACUGUACCCAGUGUUAGUCAUACUCAGAGUAGACCCAUUAAAAUGGCUAACAUAGGUACAUUAAUUUCAGUGGGUCUCCUUUUGAGUAAAAGUUAGGUGAAUGGAGCCCCUAGACUACUUAUUUUAAUUUUCGGAGGCAACAGAGUUUGACCUGACCAAAGAGAUGAUGUGGUAUCUGUUUUAAUAAACCACAGAGUGUAUUUGGAUAGAAAUCAAACCAUUGAUUUAUAUGAUCAACAGGUUGCUUUGUAUCUAAAUGCCUUGGCGCUAUCUACUUUGUCAUACUCAAUACCUAGGGAUGCUGUCAACAAAGGAUCUCCCUGCCCCCAAGCUUGUGUUCCAUGCGAAAGCAGCUCAGCCUUUGCAAAGGACGGUGCAGCCAGUUAAUUCCUUUUUACUCAGGUGCUAAUCACUUCCCAGCAACUGAUCUCAAAACUGUGAAAUCACCUGGGUUAAGUAAGGUGUGGGUGGGUGUGCAAAUGUUCCCAGGAAGUCAUAUUCUUAAUCAUAGAAGUCCUAGGAUAUGUGGCAGGGAGAAAUCUGGCACAGGUGUGCUUUUAGCCCAGGUGUCCUUACCAUUGGACACAGGUUGCCAGGACUGCUCUGGUGAACAAUACAGUCUAAAUGGCUAGUUUCUUUGGGGAAGCAUGGGUAGGGAGCAGGCCUUUGCCUUUCCCCAAAGACACAGUAUGACCUCAGCUAAGCAAUGCAUCAUUUAGCAGAAAGCAUGUAAGGAAGCAGGUUGAACCCUUAGCGUUACAGCUCUAGAGUGCAGUUAGCUUUCUGGUGAGUCCAGUUUUGCUCAAUGUCUGCUCUUUGCCCGUGCCGGUAAAAAGGGCCCCUAUCUAUAGCAGGAAGUCUCUGCACCCCCUUGAUUUCUGCUCCCCUGCCCUAUUCCCAUAACUCUGAUUCUUUUUCCUCACUUACUUCCCACCCUGCAUUCUCUGUCUGUCUGUCUGUCUUCCCCCCUCCUUUCUCUUUCUCUCUCUCUCUGUGUUCUAGGAUGCUGAACUGAUAGCAGCCAAACUUCUGCAGGAACAAGGCCAGGUAAUCACCACCCCUUCCCCUCUUGUUCACGGGGACAGAACUGGUGCCCCGAACCCUCAGAAUGCCAAAAAUGCCAAACAGAAAGAAGCUAUGUUAACCCCUCAGUGAUCGUUCCUUCUCUCCUUGUUCUAUCCACACUGGGUAUACUGUGCAUCCAAGCAUUGCAGUUGCUGCCUGAUGGACUGAGCAGAAAUCUUGCACGUGCACCUUUCCCUCAGCCUGGAGUUCCAGAGUUCUACCCAGGGGAGCCAACUUGGGCCUAAAGUUAUGGGUGCCCGUGACGUCAUGACGCCUCGGAACCUGACUUCUGGUGGCAAGGCCUCAGGGAUGCUGUCCAAGGUCCCGCGAGGUCUGGGAACCCGAGGUCUUCUGGUGCCACCAGAAGUCGGGUACCAAGGUCUCGCGAGGUCUCGGACAGCAUCACCGAGGUCUCACAAGACCUUGGACAUGACUUCUGAUGCUUUCGAGGCACCAGACAUUGCAUUGGGGGCUCUGCAGUGUGGGUGCUAAGUACCCACAACAAAGAUUUUGUUGGCGCCCCUGGUUCUACUCCUGUUGAAUUCCUGCCAACAACUCCUGUUGAUUUGCUACUCUGGGAUGAGACACUGAGUCCUUCUUGAGGGAGAAGCAGCAACCCUAGUCUGUGAAGGAAGAGUGAGCUUUCAGCACAGGGAUGGAGAGGCUGUCACCUUCCAGUUGUUGUUGGAUCCCCAACUCCCAUCACCUCUGACCACUGGCCAUGCUGAUCAGGGCUGGUGGCAGUUGGAGUCCUUCUGGAGGGUCCACAUCUGCACAGUUUAUUUAGCAAGUCAGUGUAAGCCAGGUGUUGGGAACCUUUGGCCCUCCAGAUGUUGCAGAAUUACAACUCCCAUCAGCCCCAGCAAGCAUAGCCAAUGGCCAGAGAAGACAGGGGUUGUAGUUCCGUAACAUCUGGAGGGUCAAAGGUUCCCCACAUAAGCAGAUAAUGGAGUCAUGACUUCUGUGUAACCAACUUAAGGCCUUGUGAGCAGGAGCUGAGGGCACCUCUGAGGUUGCCACCUUUCUCUGUAUGCUGAGAAAAGAUGCCUCUGUCAAACUGAAACAGAGCACUGCCUUAGAGUGUGUCAGACCACUGGUCUACCUAGCUUUCUUAUUUCCUAUGCUUGCUGACUAUGCUCUUGUCUAUACUCUGCACGGUUUCAGGCAGGGGUCUUUCCUAGCCUUACUUGGAGAUUCAAAAGACCUCUUGCACAAGAUCUCGCAAUGAGCCACCUUUAAUUUCUCCAUUAUAUAAUCAUUAAAGGCACAACAGCUCUCCCGUGGAAUCUUGGCUCUGGCCCAGCCUGUUUCUUGUUUCUUGUCUUCAAGAUAUAUAGGAGGCACCUUUGCCAACUCCAGCAGGCUAACACUAUUCUUCCUUGCCAUCUACCAGUCAGUUCCGUGGUCAGUGCCAGGACCUUGAUGGGCUUGAAUUAAAGCUUCUACCAUCCUUGCUUCCACUCUCUGGCCUUAAAUGGCUGUGGGAUGUGCAGAACUUCAACAUCUGCAGCUUAUUCCAUCACUUGGGUUGCCAGGUCUUAGAAAUAUCCCUGCUCCUAUGCCUUUAACGGGCAAGUCCAGCCAUGCUCAUCCCUUAUGUUAUGAAAAGCUUUUCCUGCUGACUUCUGUAAAUCAAGCUGCUUUCAGAAAUGCAGGAGCAGCCGGGACAAGUUCUGUCACCACCACUAUGUUGAAGAAAGCUGCACCUGUUGAAAUCCCUGCUUGUCAUCCGGCUAAAAAGGUGGCAACUCUUCUCUGUUUAGUCAUGACCUCAUUGACCAGCCUUAGGCAAGGCAAAGUCCCAUUUGGUAAAAUAGGAAAAUAUAAUUACAGGGUUGUUACGAGGUUUGUUGACACAGCAGGUAUAAACGGAAAGAGGCAACCCUUUAUAUAAUGGAAAUGCCAAAUAAUAGCUGCUCUUCCUGAUUGCAAAAAUCUUAUUGCACCAGUCCACCCACGCGCAAGGUAAGUCAUUCUUGUGCCCAUUUUCCAAACGAGGAACUAAAGCUCAGGAAACUUAGGUCUGUCCAAGACCACCCAGCAUGACAGGGAUCUGGUCAAAUAAUUAAACUAUAUUUGCAUUUCAUCCCAGAGCUAGAGGCAGACUCCUGGAGGCUUGGCUUCCAGACCUUACCAGCUGUUAGGAUUCUAAGCUGCACUUGGUGGGUGACAAGUUUAGCUUUAUUUAUUGCUCCCUCUAAGAGUGAACGGAAGUGGGGUGUGCCAAGAAAAAUGGAGCCAAAAUGAGGUUGCUGAGUAACAGGAGGGGCAGUAUUGGUAGCCCUGAUGUUUUCCCAAGUCCAAAAAUAUAUUUUAAAGGAAUUAAACAAAACCCAGUUGGACCAAAAAGAGAGAGAGAGAAAGACAACCUAGAUGGACAAAAAACCCCAAAAAAGCCCACCAGUCCAAGCUGUCAGGGGGAGGAUAUACUGCAAAAUUUUGUUGCAGUUCCACUUUGUUUAUUAUUUUAAUAAUUCAUUCAGUGGUGUAGUGGGUAAAUGCUGGUGUUCGUGUACUCUUCAUGACAGGCCUGAUAGCCAAGCCCCUCCUAAGCCUAUACAAAAGAAGAAGAAAAACUUUUGACAGCAUUUUCCCCCCUCAACCCAUCCCCCACUUUGAACAGUUUGGGUGGGCUCAAAGUCUUGGUCAGUAUUUUGUGGCAUUUUGGUUGGUCAUGAUAUAGGGAUCUGGGAUUUUUUUCAGAAAGAAAAGUGCCAGUUUUAGCCUCUUAGCUAUGCUUGCUAAAGCUACCUCCCUCUUCCUCUGUUUAGUUUAUAUGGUGGGUUUCUCUGAGUUAAGCUUAAUUAUUUGGCACAUAAAGAAUUGGCAAGUAAUGCCCCCCCCCCCGAGAUGACUGCCCCUCCCUGUUCCACCACACUACUGCAUUAAUCGCAAUAUUUCUAUUGAAAUGUUUUUGGGAACACAAACAUGCACACAGGUGCCAAAUCAUCCAAAGUCAACACAAAAGCAAUAAAACUACAACCCAUAAAACAAAUCAGAAUGCAGGAGAGUAGAUAAGAAAACGUAAGAUUAGAUUAGGCUGCAAUAAACAACAGUAGCUGGUGUGCCUACAUGGAUGAAACAAAAACCUCCCAAGGGGCUUAUGGCUAGUUGAGUGACCAGAUGCAAAAAGGGAAGAGGCCUCUGUGUAUUGUCAGCUGGUACCAUGUUGCGCACUCCUGCACUGGCAUUAUUCGCCAGCCCUACACAGCUGUUAAAGACACGGGAGCAAUGUCUGCCUUUGUACCAUGACUGAAAACCCACCAAGCCAAACACAACGCAACACUUUUCUGCAGCAGCAGCAGCAGCAGCCCACAAGGGAUUUCCUCUUUUGACUUCCUGCCUGGGUUUGCAAAACCACAGAAGCUGCCAAGUAUGUUGUGUUUAGGCACAGUCCAUUCUCUACAAGUUGUACCCUUAAGUAUAAGCCAGACUUCCAUUCUGCCAUGUUCCCUUGGCAUAGGACAGGAAUGGGAAGCCUCAGGUUCAGGAACCGCCUCCAGGCCUUUCUGUUUGACUUUUGGGACUCUUGUUCCUCACAGGCCAUGUUUCACUGGCUCCCUUUACUUGAGUGUUUUUGCCUAGCUAGAACGUGUCCCCAAACUCUUAUAAUCCUUCUUUCCCAUGCCUGGGUGGAGGAUGGAGAGGGGUGUGAGAGUAAGUUAACAUUUGUCAUCUUGCCCACUUUUGCCUGCACUGCCACAACCACCUGAUGUUUCCUAGAAGGGAAUGUGACUCUCAGGCUAAAAUAAGUUCCUCACCCCUGGCUUAGUAGAAACCCUGCUGCAGGACUGUAUUAAGAGUCCUACCAGGGAGCUGUAUAUACAGUGGUACUUCUGGUUAUGUACUUAAUUUGUUCCGGAGGUCCAUUCUUAACCUGAAACUGUUCUUAACCUGAAGCACCACUUUGGCUAAUGGGGCCUCCCGCCACCACCGUGCAAUUUCUGUUCUCAUCCUGAAGCAAAGUUCUUAACCCUGGGUUAGCGGAGUCUGUAACAUGAAGCGUAUGUAACAUGAAGCGUAUGUAACCUGAGGUACCACUGUAACCCCGUUAGACAUGCCUGUUAGUUGCCUCCCACAGUUUGUACACCAACAUUCAGGCAUUCUCCUGUUGUGUUUAAUCGUUGUGUGAGAGGGGGAAGGCAAGGACAGCUCCUCCACCGCCCCCCCAUUGCCAUCCCUGUCAUUCUCCAUGAGUUGGAUGGAUAGCUUCUCUUCGGGAUGCAGAACCUGAUGUCAUGGGCUGUAUGCCAGGAACGGUGCAUGAGCAGAGAAGACUUCCUGCUUCAAAAGUUAGCCCUCCAACUAACUCUUUGCUUCUGUCUCACUUGACCCCCGUGGGACGGGUUGAGGGAACUAGCACUCUUCUUCCCCGGUGCAUGUGGGCUCAGGACAAGGAGAACGCUUGAAUAGGGCUUGUGUAGGACCUGAAUACAGUACUCAGGGUUCAGCAAACAACCUUCCUGGCAAGCCACAAUGCCUGGCUGGUGGCCUCUGUUUGGCUCAGUGGGUGCUGUCCCGGACUAUCAUCUGUAACCAUUAGUCACCGCUUCCCGCUUUGGGCUUGUGUCAGCCUUGCCAGCAAGUCUUAAAUCUAGGCUCGUGGUUGCUUGCCUCUCUUCUGAACUGUUUCUUUCAUCUCCACCUUUUACCCUUUUCACGCCUGUGUUAUUGCCUUUCUGGAAAGGAGUAUCUGCCUAUGCCAAAUCACUCAACCUUUCUCUGAGUGUCCAAUUGCUUUUGAAUACAUUGAGUUCCCUUGUGUGCUAUAAGAGAAAGCCUUAGCAGGAAGGGCUUGUAGAAUAAACAAGGAACUUUAGAGAGAGAGAGGGAGAGAGAAGAAAUGUGAUUGUUUUGAAUAUUGGCCCAGGUUUCUCCCAGUGUAUCAUGGGAAUGAUAAGGUGGAGACGAUCAGUCCUCUGACACUGAAUUCUGCACUUGUUCUGGAAUGUUGUGGGCAGUGUUUCAUUUUUAAGGCAGCGAGUGCCAGCAUAGUCUUCACUUAUGAGUCAUACCGCCUGACCUUGCGCACGCUUCAGAUGUAUUUCAAGAUUACAACAUGGCUUGGAGAUGAUUUGUACAUUGGGAAAAAGCACAGAGGAAAGCGGAUUAUAAUAUAUGUCCUUUCAUAAAAUUCCAAAUUGGGAUGAAAAGAAAAUGAACCCUGUAUACUCAAAACUACAAAUAAUCUAUCUUACUUGGCAUAUUCCUGGACUGGACUUUACCAGAUAAACAACAUGUUCUGGGUUUGAUUCCUAACUCAUAUUUAAACCAUGGUUUGGCUACUAUUCUCAAUUUUAUCCUGAGAGCCUUGGAAGGGAUGCUGAUUUUAAUCUACAGGUCAAAAAACAUAGAGUUGUCUUGAAGUAGUUGUAGGGACAAAAUAAGCAACUAGUGAUCUUGAUGGUCUUGGCGGGUACUUGGGCAGCGGAAUGAAAGUGAGCAUCCCAUGAAUCAGAGUCUUCUUUAAAACAAAACACCAAGGUUCUAGUCCUCAAGGCUGUGAAGAUAGGCAUGAAAAUAGAAGGGUCAGAAAAUCAGAAGCUGAGGGUAGUGGAAUAGAAGAGAAGAAUAUUAGCAAUUUUUAAUCACACUGCUAACUGGGUCUUUAACAGUAUCAUGAUGUGCAGAUAAUAUUUUUUUUAAAAUAAUUUUUAUUAACCGGCCAAUCAAAUCAAAUUAAAUCACAUCACAUAAAUUCCGAAUUACAAAGCCGAAUUUUAAAUUUUGUUGGGGGGGCCCAUAUUUCAAGAUCCGAAGGGGGAUUCUGAUCAUCUUCUUGCUACUGCGUUAAUGUCCAAAUCAGUCCAAAUCAGUCCAAACAGAGUUCAUAAUUCUAUCCAGUCUUAUCUUGCUGUUUCCACAUCACAUCUUGUUUAUAUAUUUUCUCUUUUUUCUUUAUGAUCUCUUCUGAUAGUCUCCUUAAGCCGAUAAACACCAAUAAUAAUAAUAAUAAUCCUGUGUGAAUUUUCCGUUCUUCCAUUCCUCAAAUCGAGAUGGUUUCCAUAUAUCAUCGCCUUCAUAGAUAACAUCGCUCUUUCCAUCUCGCAAAGCUGUCGCUCUUAAGUCCCUCUGAGGAGUUUCACCCACAAUAUAUAAACAGCUCUAUUUCUCUCUUUCUCCUCCCAGACUCAAGACCUCCGACAGAACUUCCCAAUAUGGCGACGGCAUUUUUAACUGCGUCAUUCCCAAGCUCUUAUACAUUCCUCGCUCUUCUUAAAACAUGUUUUGGUUCGAAAGUUUAUCUCCACACAGCCUUAAAUCCACAGCUUAAGUCCUUAAAACGACAUUUCUGACUCGUGACUCGGGGGAGGGGAUUCUUGGUAAUCACAUAAGAAAAGAAAGGAAAGUUUUUCCCCUCCCCUCAGUCAUUUGCCAUACCGUGUCUUGGCGUAUCUUCUCAUGUUUUAUUCUUGUCUUGUUUUAUCAGAGAUCUCUUCUAUAGCAGUCUUUACUCCCCUCCUUCCUUGAAAUAUGUGCAUUCCUUCAUCCAAAUUGUUUUCUUUUGAAGUUCUAGCAGCUAGUGGCGCGAAUCAGGGACGGCAUCCAGGAGUGCCGGAAUCCCACAGGAGGGCUUUGUGCCUAGUGACCCCAUCCCCACAAGUUCGGGGGUGGUAUAGGGCACAGCAGGCAAAGGCAGUCCCCCCCACCAUCCUGGGGGGGUUAGGGAGGCUAAUUACUCCCAUCAUAGCCUCCAAAUUACCUCAUGUGGUUCAGAGAGAUGUUAUUGUCAGCCAUCUUCUGAUGUGCCCCCUAGUGGCCCCCAUGAUGUGCAGAUAAUAGAAGGGGGGUAAUAUUUUAUCUCCAUACUGUGAUAAGGUCCACCUGAUGAUUAUAUAUUGCUGUGCAUUGUUAGCAAUGCUGGGGACUCAGUACUGAGCAGAAGUUCUAGCAGCCGGGAUGGGCCAUGGUACAUGCAUAGUAGUUUUCACCCCCCCAUAACUAGCAUAAGUAGAAUAAACUGUGCAAAAUAAGCGAAAAUAUCCAGUUUUGUGUGCGCGUGUGUAAUUUUCAUUUCCCACUCCUUGUUUUUAACCACACACCACACACAGCCUCAGAUGUAUGGGAAAGCAACAACUGACUGGGCCCUGAGUGGUGUUUUGACUUGACCCAUUUCUCUGCUGUCUCUGAACCUAGUCUCAGCUCUGUCCCUUGAGGUCCCCUAAUUUAAAAAGUGCACACAAACUAGGAUUGAACCUACGUCUUUACUCAUGCACUGUAUGUUUUCUGUGCAGACAGCUGCUAUGAUCAGCAUACACUGGAAGCCUGGAAGGGGAGGGGGACUAGGAUCACAGCAACCAGCUCCCUCCCCACCCCCCAUGUUGAUUGUGCCUUGUACAUAGAAUCUAUGCAUGCAAAAUCUUUAUGAACAUGUGAUGUGCAACACCUGCAUUUAGCUGGAUCCCAGAUUUCACAGAGGAAGCCCACACAUAUGCAAUCAGUUUACGGGUUACAAGGAACCAUCUAAGCACAGAGGUCAGAGAUGGGGCCACCACCACUUAUGACCUGACUUCUCCCUCCAUGCACUCAGCAUAAGUCUGGUUAUGGCUGUCUGCACUGGGUUAUGGUCUAGCCCUGUGAUGUCACAUUUGCUCACCCUCCUUUUUAUCUCUCUCUCUUUUCCCCCUUCCACAGAAACACACAGUGGAGACACCUUAUGGGGUUGUGACAAUCACCAUCCAUGGGACACCCAAGCCCAAACGUCCAGCCAUCCUCACCUACCAUGAUGUGGGACAAAACCGUAAGACUGGAGCACCCACUUGGUUGGGGCAGGAGGGAGGGGAGGUUGGGGGCUUUCCAAACGGUGCAACCCCAAGAGAGAACUUGGCAAUUUGCCCUACAGUCUAGUUCGUAGAACGUUUGCGUCAAGGAUCUUGCCAUUCUGGAAGAACCCUAAAGAACUUUUUGUUUUGGUGGGGUCAGGAAGUCCCAACACAUAUUCACACCUAUGCAACACACACACACUGGGUCUCCUAUUGUGUGGAGGUUCCUUGAUACUAUACCACUGGUGUGGGCAAACUUCAGGCUACAACCCCAGAAGUUUGCCCACACCAGUGGUAUAGUAUCAACCCCAAGAUCCACCAAUCAGGUGCAAAAUACAAGGGCCUAUUUGGAGAAUACUAUAAACAGAUGUCAAGGCCUAUUUGGAGGCUGGAGACAGGUACCUGCUGCCCCCCGUGAACAAAACAUUGGGAAGACCUGCAUGUAUGAGCACAAACCUACAUCUAAGUUCGUGUGGAUCAGAAAUUCUAACAUUAAAGUAGGGAAGGAGAGCCAUUUGUGGACACUAUUCUUGAACAAUGGGGAAUCAAAAGCCUUUGCUUUCUGAUUGCUAAUCCUGCGAUCUACUGGUGGAUCCUAAUUUGCCUUGAUCUGCCCGCCCCCUGGGGAUGCACUCUACCUCACCCAUCACAAUCAAUCCUACCAGAGCUGCUUGAGGACGAAGAACCAACACUUCCUAACAAUGUAGAGGAGGGAGGGGGACACUCAGGCCCAAUGGGGGAGGGGCAAAUACAGCCCCUCAGGACUCUCCCUGGACCACACCUCUCUUCGGCCACUCCCCUCACCACUGUCCUUGAGAGCUGUUGCCUGACUGGAAUAUGUCCCUGAACUCUGAUCAUGCCUUUGGGUUGCUUGAGAGCGGGGGUGUGGGGAGAGGCGUCUGUGAGCAUGUUUCCACUCUCCUGUUCUAGAAUACCAGAUCUUUGAGGAUGCUCAAGUUUACAUUGUGGGCUUGCCCGGUGGUCGACUCUCAAGCAAGUCGGUCGCUCUGCCUCAGAGUCUGUCUGCAGGCAUCUGACUGCUGCUGUCUCUGAAGUUUCCCACCCACCCGCCUGCUUGCCUUCUGCCUUCUGCAACAGGCAUUGAAAGCUGGAGGAGACAGAAAACACUCAUCCAGGGGAGGAGGAACUGCUGGCUUUCGUUCUUACUUGGUUGUUUAUCUCAACCUUAUCUUUAGCAGCUAAUUUCCCCUACUACUCUCCCUUCCAACUCCUAGAGAAAAAUAGCCACCAAGUAGGGGAGAUAAACAAGGGGCAGAGAAAUGCAGCCAGCAGCGCCUCCUCCAGCACGUGUGACAUUUUUAUUCCCUCUAACCAUUUAUGCUGGUCUGCGAGGGAGUCUCCAAAAUUCCCCAUGAAAUGGUGGAGCCUGCUCUCUCAGGGUGAGUGUAAUGUCUAGCCUAGUCCUUAGUUCCCGUCCUAGAAAACAGGAAUGAUAGCGGUCUUCCUCACUGGGUUGUGAAUGUGAACGAAACAUGGGUUGUCUUGCAUUCUUUCCACAGCCAAGGGACCAUUUAAACUAUCACUGCUAAGAAGAAGAAAACUUGAGGAAAGCUUUCAGUCACGCAGCUUUGCAUUUUGGUGCACUCUGGUCUACUUUCUCAUACCCCCAAAAGGGCUGCUUUUUAUUCCCUAACUCUUUUUUUUUUAAAGAAAGGGAUUCAUACCUUGACGUUAGAAUCACCAGAUUCCAUUCUAAAAAUUUAAUUUGAAAUUUUAAACAUUGUCCUAUUUAUCGUUAAUGUUUUCCAAGUGACCUGCACUCUGUUCCAGAAUUUCCCACCAUCCCUUGAGGCCAAUCAUCUCCUGGUUUUGAAAGCAUCUAGACCAGCCUUUCCCAUCAUGGUGUCUUCCUGCCACUCCCAUCAGCCCCAGACAGCAUGGCUGUGCUUCCAUGGCUGUGCUGGCUGGGGCUGAUGGGAGUUGUAGUCCAAAACAUCUGGAGGGCACCAGGUUGGAGAAGCCUGGCCUAGAAGGCUCUUCUUCUCUUCAAAAGCUUUCACCCUUGUUAAGGAGAGCAUAGGAGCUCUCUCCUAUUCAAGGUUGCUUGCUUGUCUGAAUGCCCCCAUCUCUUGCUCUUUUGCCAGGCCAGCUGAAGACAUUUUGAUCCCUUAGACUGCAGCCCUUAGGAUACUUACUUGGGGGGAAAGCCUCACUGAACACAGUGGGUUUUACUUCUGAGUACAGUGGUACCUUGGUUGUCGAACUUAAUCCGUUCCAGGAGUCCAUUUGACUCCCGGAACAGUUCGAAAACCAAGGCACAGCUUUCGAUUGGCUGCAGGAUCUUCCUGCACUCAAUCGGAAGCUGUGUCAGACAUUCGGCUUCCAAAAAACGUUCGCAAACCGGAACACUCACUUCCGGAUUUGCGACAUUCGAGAGCCAAAACGUCUGAGUACCAAGGCAUUCGACAACCAAGGUACGACUAUAAACUUGCAUAGGCUUUCAUGGUAAGGCGAGGAAUCCAAACAGCACCUUCCAGUGUAAAACAACAACAGUCAGUUUGCUGCCCUGUUUACUGACUCCUGGAGCAAGACGGCAGCCGCUGUCCUGAUUUACACCUCGCCAGUCUCGACGGCACUACCGCUUGGCCUUCUGCAGCCUGACACCCACUUCUUCUGUCUCCCCACCCCCACCCCAGAUCUUUCGUGCUUCGACACCCUCUUCCACUUUGAGGACAUGCAAGAGAUCAUAAAGAACUUCGUGGUGAUACAUGUGGACGCGCCUGGCAUGGAGGAGGGGGCCCCGGCCUUCCCUCUGGGGUGAGCCUUGCAGCCUCCAUUCCUGCCCCACCCGCAUCGUUGGGUGUGAUGGGGACAACAGCCUAGCAGUCUAACACAGCCCCUGCUCUCUGCUCUCUUCCUAGGUAUCAGUAUCCCUCGCUGGACCAGCUGGCUGACAUGAUCCCCUGCAUCUUGCAAUAUGUGAAGUAAGUCGAGGCGAGAUCACACGGGUGGGUGGGUUGCGACAACAACCUGCAAUGGGGUCACCCGUCAGCUUUCUCAAACAAGGGUUCUUUGCCCUGGAGUGUCAAAUCAGAAAAGGCACAGCCUUACAUUCACAUCAAUCAAACAAAACAAAGCACAGAAACAGCUUGGGGGAAGGGUUAAAACCUGGAAGAUUCUACUACCUCCUAGCCUGUUGGUUCAGUUGCUAUCUCAUUUCCUGAAAGGGGUUCAGUGCCUUUCACAGAUGUUAGGCAGGCAGGAAUUUAGCUCACACACAUUCUUUAUUACGGUCCAAAGACCCGCAAAAACAGUUUCAAAAGCGAAGUACAACAGAAAUACAGAAAAGGCAUUACUAGGCAGUCACUGUGUUUUAUCCAAGACAUGUUGAUUUCUAAUUCUUACUACCCCCGAAAGAAAUUUUGCCACAUCCAGGGUUAUAUCAUUUUUCUUAUCUUCAAGGAAAUACUUGAGAUAAAAGAUAUCAGAGUUUCCAGGUAAAUUUACCAAUAAAGGUUUAAUUUGUUGGUUUCUGGCUUGCUUAUAUACCCUGUAGUAUAUGUUUCAUGCAACCAGCAGCCUGAGAACAUAGAUGUAGCAACCAUAGGUUUAUUUUCCCAUCCGCUUAUUAAUUUAGAGACUUUUCUCUCACCCUUCCAGUCACCACCACCAGCCAGUCACCACCACCAGCCAGGGGUUAUUUUAACAAUUUAAACUCCAAACUUGCUCCACACCCCCUUUUCCCCUCCAUUCCCCAGACCCCAUAGCACUCCAAAACCUGGGAACACAGUCCAGGAGCCCUGGCUCCAAGUAUUCCUCAUUUUAAUCCUUAAAACCCAGACUGUUCCUAGACUUUCCACUAGUUCCAUGAAACCCUGAGAAGCUAAGGAUAAGCAUUGGAAAUCCCCUCCUCUCAGUUCUCCUUUGUGUUUUCAGUCCAGGGGGGAAGAAAACAAAUCUCCUGGCUCCCAGCUGUUUCCUGCCUAUUCCUAACACCCUGGAGGUAAAGAUGGGAAACUGUGACCCUUCUUCUAAGCCAGCCUUCCUCAACCUUGGGUCCCCAGAUGUUGUUGAACUACAACUCCCAUCAUCCCUAGCUAGCAAGGCCAGGGCUCAGGGAUCAUGGGAGUUGUAGUCCAACAACAUCUGGGGACCCAAGGUAGCCUACCAAAGUAAGAUUCCUUCUUGGGUAUUUCCAAUUAUCAUUCUUCCAGAGGGAUAGCCAGCCGCGUGUGUCUGUUACAGGAAAUGCAAGUGUCUUUUGGCAACUUAAAUACUAACAAAAUGAUUGUGGCCUAGGCUUCCCACCUUUUCAUCAUGAAGUGUUAUAUUCGGUUUGGCAGAGAUAUAUAUAUACACACAGACAGAUAAAUAUAGAUAGAUAGCUGAACGCACACUUAACACGUGGGAGAAAGAGAAAGAGAGGGGGAAGGGAAUUGGAGCCUGGGGGGGGGGCAUGAAAACAUGAGGCACACAGUCUGUACCAUUUCGAAGUGUUCACUUUAGAGAAACUUCCAAAGGCACAAGAUGAGCAAAUGGCUGGGGCCCACUUCUGCUCCCAAGUAUCAGAAAAGUGCCAGGCAGCUCCUGCUCCUUUGUGGAUUUUGAAACUGGCCUCCUUCUCCCUCCUUUAGCUUCACCAGCAUCAUCGGAAUUGGAGUCGGAGCUGGCGCCUACAUCCUGGCACGCUACAGCGUAAGUGGGUGGGGGACCCAUGAGUGGUGGUCGGAUUAAGUAAAUGUUCUCCAUGCCCAGUUUGAACCUCUCCGAAAGUAGCAGGGCUGCAGAGUAGCUGAUUUCUGUGUCCCUAUUAACAACCACAGAGCAGCGUUUUGGUUGUUUCUUAAGCUGAAGUACAGAGGAAGGAUGGGCCCAACAUUUGAUUCCAACAAGUGUGAUGUGUUGCAGUAAUUAAGAAAUUAGUUGAGAGACAGGAAAUUCCUGUUUCAAAUCCCAGGGGAGGCAUGAAAUUGUGUGGUGAAAUUACAUAAGUGGCUCUCUCUUAGAGGCCAAGACUUUGCCACAGGAUGAAUGGAGAAACUUCGUUCUGAUGUUAUCGAUUGAUUUGUUUCAGAGAAGCCAUGUGUGCUCCCUUCUCCCUUUUUUUAAAAAAUAUAUAUAUAUAUUUAUCUUCACACCAACCUGUGAGGUAGAUUAGACUGAGAGGGAGUACAUGUCCCAAAGUCACCCAGUGAACUUCAUGGCUGAGCAGGGAUUUGAACCUCAGGCUUAGCUUGAUGCUCUAAACGCAGCACCCUAUCUCUCUGGUUUCAGUAGGGAUUUCUGCAAUAAUGUACACAGAGCAACUCGAAUAUGUGUCAGAAGCUAUUUAUGAGAGCUAGUGUGACAAAGAGGAGGAGAGGACAAGCAAUGCUCUGGUUCAGAUCUCACUUCAGCCAGAACCAAAAAGGGGGGAAAGUUUAGCAUAAGCAGAGCCUGUUGGAUCAGGCCACGGGUUCUGCAAAUGCCUCGUCUUAUUUCCUUCCCUGGCCAGCCAGCUGCCUUUGAGGCAAUGAGAAGCCUCUGUUUUAUGUCCCUGAAAUUAUACAUAAGCAGUACGGUGAGCGCCAUUUUAUCCGCUAGUCAUGAGUGUUGUUAUGAUUUUCCACAGCUCUCUCAUGCAGACACCGUGGAGGGGUUGGUUCUGAUCAACAUUGACCCCAAUGCCAAGGGCUGGAUGGACUGGGCUGCUCACAAGGUGAGACUGGGAAAGUGAAGGGGCUUACCACUGUCUAAUGCGCCUAGUAAUCAAUUGCAGAUGAAGUGAAGGGGUCUGAGGCAGCCUUUGCUCACCUGGUGUCCUCCAGAUAUUUUGGAUUGUAGCUCCCAUCAUUCCUGACCAUUGCCAUGCUGGCUGAGAUGAUGGGAAUUGUAGUCUAAACAUUCGGAAGGCUCACAGUUGUGGCAGGCUGGUCCAAUGGGCGCUUGAAUCGUUGUUCUUAUUUCUACAAAUUUAAACAGCUAACACAACCUAUUCUUUGACUGUUUAUAAUGACAAAUAAACAAAAAAAAGCCCAUAAACAUUGGUGUUGGUGCCAGUUGCCCAUCGCUAUCUAGAUAGCAGAAAUUCCUUUCAGUCUAUCAACCUCUCAGCUGCAGGCACUUCUAGACUGUUGCACUUUUGUGGAUGGGAUUCAACCACAUACCAGCAAAUUGAGAUCAUAAAAUUAAAGUGGCACUCCUGCACAACAAGCCCAUUUUCAGGGGGGGAGUGGGGGGAGAGAAAUGUUGUGCUAAAGAAAGUGAUGAGCGGCUUAAUUAAUUGUUAUUGUUAUAAUUUGGCUAUUAUUGGGGUAUACUGGAAAACUAAUUUGAAUUUUUUAAAAAAAGAAAGUGACGAGAUGUUGCAACUGAAAGUGGAGGAUAACAGUUACUAGAUGGGAUAUAUAAUCUCCCCACAAACAAAUGAAUGCUCAACAGUUGCUUGACAUCUAAUCACUUCCCCACAAACUUUGUUCAAACAAACCAUAAACAGGUUGUCUGAAAGCAACCUCCAUUUGUACCCUUCUUCCUCUGUUUGCUGCCCUGUUUUAUCUGCUUGCAUUUCUGUCCUCCUCUCUCCCUCUCUCCCUCUUUCCUUUUCUCUGGUUUCUCUUCAAUUCUUUCUUCGCCCUCUUUCACAAAGCACUUUACUCCCCCCCGACUUUUCCUCCAUAUUCUAUGUUACUUUAUUUGAAUAUAAACAAACAUAAAUUGGCACAUUUCCUAGAAUUUAAUAGGAUUUCUAUGGUUCCACAUUUGGCCCAAGUUUAUCAAAGACCCAGAUGUGCAACCUACUCCUCCCCCAAACAACCUAAAGGGCAGGAUGCUUAGACAAUUCUGGCCAGGUAGCACCACCUGGCUAAGCUUUCUAGUGAGCCUCCUCUUUCCCAAUUUUUGGCUCUGGGAACUUAGGAGAUAGGAAGGGUAAAGGCCAAUUUCUGAAGGAAAAAAAUUCAAGGGCUGCGACUUACAUAAAAGCUAUCCCUCUUGAUGUGUAGGUGGGUUCCCACGAGGCAAGACGCAGCGAAAAUAGCAAGAACCUUUAUUGAACUACAUAACUGGGAGACAGGGGCAAAGCAACUGCUUAUGUAGAUUCCUGAAAGCCUGGGCCACUUCCACUCCCAACGUGAUUGGCUGUCUAAACUUCCAAGCUGCAAAUCAUGACUCAGAGUUCAAGGACCAAUGGCAGAGGCCCAAAUCCUGAAAUGUUCUAUGAUUGGACAUCAUGUAUCGAAUCAGAACACAGGAGCUCAGAAUCCUUAGCUCAGGCAAACACAGACCACUGAAUACAUAACACAUCUCACAUUGUCUUGAUGUCUUUUAGAGGUGGGAUACAGUAAUUCAUCAGUGGAAUAAAAUGCAUUCUGCAUAUUCUCAGAAGCACUUAAUUCUGAUUGCUUUGCAUGUUCCAGGAUGAAGCCCUGGUACUGAAAAGAGAUUUUAGCUUUUGAGUACAGGCUGAGCUCUAGAAGGCAAUAGAUUCUCAGAGAUCUCUGCUUUCUCUCUGGGGAAUAAGCCAAUCCCCAUAAUUCUCACGCAGGUGCCAAUCUGGCCCAUUCAAACCAGUGUCUACUUUUGCAUCUCCUCUGAUCUCAUUCUGUUUCUCUCUUCAGCUGACUGGCCUCACAUCCUCCAACUCUGAGAUGAUUCUGCAACAUCUCUUCAGCCAGGUAAGCAUGUGCAGGAGGGGAGAAGGGUGACAGUAGUUGGUGCAUGGAGCGGUGUGUCGGAGAUAAAAUGGACCAGGGAUACCCCCCACCCCCUCUGAGAAGGCGCUCUCUAGUGAUGUGAGAGCCUUCGCCAACCUGGUACCCUCCAGAUUAUUUGAACUGCAAGUCCUGUCAGCCUCAGUCAGCACAGCCAUGUUGUCUGGAGUGGAUUGGACCUGUAGCCCAAAACCUUUGGAGCUCAGCAGAUUGGUGAAGGUUUGUGUGGGAUCAAGCUGAAACCAUACUUUAAAAUUCAUGGAUUUAGAACUUUAUGGAUUUAUUAUUAUUAUUGAUUAAAAAAAUACUGUCUUGUUUUCGUAUCUUUACUUCAUACUUCCCCACCCCCACUUUUCGCUAUAUGUACAUUACCAAGUAUUUGUAUAGAUAGCUCUUUAUCAGUAUAUAAUAUGCAUGGUUAAAAUUGGCCACCUUUAUAACAUAAAUAAAACAACAAGACAUCUUCAUGGAGUCAGUAUAGAAGCAGCUAAAACAAUAAGGCAGACUAAUCAAUGUGAACUGUUAAAAUGGCUGGGUAAAUAAAAUUUCAGCCUGGCACUGCAAAUAAUGUCAGCAACAGUCACACAUCAGUACAGAAGGUAUUCCAUCGUCAAUGUUCCAACAUUAUCUUUCCAACUAUUUUCUCUCUUGUUUUGCAAAAUCACCAGGAAAUUAUAUGGUUGUGCUCUACCCUGCACCUUAUUCCAAACUAUGUAAUUUUUCUAUAGUGCUUGCAUUUCCCCGAUUACCCUCGCUGAUUGUAAUAUUUGUGAGUUUUAUGCAGGUGUAUUUAUUUUAAUAACAAAAGUAAUUGCACGUAUAACUGUUGUGCAUGUCACUUUACAGAGUAAUAAAACAAAAGAAGAAAUCUCCAUCUUUUUUUAAAAAAAAAACAGCCUCGCCAGACCUAUUCAGUGAAACUAAGGCCAACAUAUAUUUAUUUCGUUCCAACAUUUAAAGGUUAGGUACCACCACCACCACUCCAUUUGUAUUCAGGUUGACUGGUAUAUUGGUAAUAAUUGCUACAGUUGGGGGUGGGGAAUCAAUGUUAUCAAACAGGGGUUUUUUUUAAGCAUUAUGACCAAAAACCUGGAACUAAAAUCUAAAUUUCUAAAAAGUGGAGAAAACAACAGAGGGAAGAAAGAUGGAAAGGGUACACAAAACUGUAGAAAGAGAAUAAUGGGUGGAAUAGCUUCUGCCUGUACAUAAGUGGGCAGAACAGAUAGAAAAUAUGGAAUGUCCUCUGUUCUUCUGAAAAAGAUCCAUUCAAAUGAAGGGUGGGCACUCUUGGGUAGCCCCAACUCUUCUCAAUAGGGCUUGCUCAGGAGAACUUCCCACUUGACCCUGCCUCAGUGGAGAAGCUGUCUUUGUCUCCAAAGGCCACCAUCUGGCUACCACUUCACUUUACCUCAUGAUUUCUUAAGAUGCUUUUAAAGACAUUUUUCUUGUUUUGUCGCUUAUUGUUUGCCACCCUGGGCUCCUUUGGGAAAGAGGGCAGGAUAUAAAUAUAAUAGGGAAUAAUAAUAUUGAGCCACUAUGUGGGGAAAUGGCUCUAUCUGGGAAAAUGCCAGCAUAGUUCCCUUGUUUGAGUGAAGAACUGAGGGGCUCUGUGUUAUCCAUGUCACAGCAGUGCCAACUGAACUGGGUUUCAGCAAUGCCUAGCCCUGUGAGUGAGACACACACAUUUCUCAGUUUUGCCAGGAUUAGCAACCUUGGAUGUUCAGAAUCAUGACUGGAGAACAAGGGGAAGAAGAGAGGCACAUCACAAUGUCAGCUUCGGUUACCUCAACAAUCACCAUCUAAACUCGAGGGCCAGAGCACGGCCUGUUUUGCAAAUUUGAUGAAAAUGAAUGAAGAUGGUUUUGCUUUCUCUAAACAAGGGAUGGCUGGAGUUGGUGUCCAAUUAUGCAUCUUAAAAAAAAAUAGUGUGGAUUUGAUGACAGGCCAGUGUUUUUUUAGGGGGAGGGGAUGUUUGGCAUCCUUUGCAUUUUUGCAAAAUAAUAAUAAUGUAAUUUACAUUUGAGAGAAGUGAUUGGGGUUGCCAGACUCCCCAAAGAAAAUAUCUUGGCCUGUUCUUGUGCCUAUUCCAAUCUGUGGAAAUCAGAUAGCAGAGCUUUUCAUAGCACAGAAAUAAGCAUUUCCAUGUACUAAUUACGGCAUGUCUUAAUUGAGUGGGAUUAGGAUAUUGCAUUAACGCCCCGUUUAUGUUCUUCCACAGGAGGAACUGUCCAAGAACACUGAGCUGGUGCAACAACAGCGGCAUGUCCUGAGUCAUGCAACCAAUUUGCCCAAUAUCCAGCUCUACUGGAGCAGCUACAACAGGUGGGUGUGUGGGCAGGACUUACCUGGGUGGGGACGCAGCAUCAAAGACCAGCGUGAGGGCAUGUCACGGUUGUGUUGGCAGCAGCAAUCCAGAGCAAGAAAGAUAGUUGUUGUGCAAGAAACAGAUCCAGACUAAGCAGGAAGUCUUUUAUUAGACCUCUUCCUGCCUAGGUACAUCCAGUGGCCAGCCUGGGUAGGCAGGGCUGGUCCAGACACCAAUAAGAUUUUACUGCGCAGGAAUAUGUUCCCUCUGUAAUGUCUUCUUUUGAAUUUUAAGAGACAUUUUAUUUUCUUGUCAAUUAUGUUGCUUUGAACAUCUAUUCUAUAUUUUAUCUUCUUAUGCAAUGCUUGAUUUUGGAAUGUUUCAUGCGAUGUUUUAAUUUGGGUUGUAAAGCGCUUUGUGGUGUUUUUCUUAAAAAUAUAAAGUAGCAUAGAAAUGAAAUGAACAACAACAACAACAACAACAACAACAAAGUUGUAGAUGAUAAUAAUAACAAUAACAUAGGUGCAGAUUCCCUGCUCAAGCCCUGGUGGCCUCUAGUUCUCCAGCAGGCUAGAGUUUAGCAAUGUUAGGUAGUUGGCAGGGAUAUAAAUAUUAAGGUAUCUAAAUAAAUAACUGGAACCAGGACUGGCACAAGACAUUUGCAUGCGCACACAAUUCCACAUACAGAGGUUAACUGGGCUGGCAGUUCAAUUUUGCUUAGCACUUCUAACAGUGCUAAGGACUGAGGACAGCAGGCUCAUUGUGGCUGCACAGCACUGGCUGCAUAGCAAGUGACAGAAGGGUACAACCAGGGGGUGCUCAGAAUGAUAAUUCCCCCCCCCACCAGCACUUACCGCCUGAGGCAAUUGCCUCAUUCUACCUAAUGGCAAGGCCCCCUGUGACUGAAAUGCUCUUUAAUUCCCACACAGGCUUUCCUCGGACUUCUGACAGCUACGGGUUUUCUGUUCUGUCUUAACUGCCUGCUUUUUCUAUUGAAAGAACUACUUGCCUUUAGAGAAGCACACCCUGUGUGUUACCGCAUGGCUCACUGCUCUGAGGAUGUCUCCUGACUGCCCAGGGCAGUGUGACUCAUGCAAGUAUGAAAUGGGUGGUUCUGCUGCAUCUCUCCUUUAGGGAAUAGCCGAACAUCCAUUCAGACUCAAUGCAGAAUCACAGUAGAAUCACCCAUCUCCAGCUGAAAUGGAUUGGAAAGCGGUGGCUGUUUCCAAAGUUGAGGGAGCCCUUGGAGAAGUGCCAUCUGGUCCCGUUCCACUCCUACAGGGUCUUGGGGAUAGGGCCUAUGUGUGGCUAAUUUUGUAGUUCUGGAUGACGACCCUGUCUUUUAUUUCACCGUAACUCAACUUCCAGGGCACUGUUGUAAAAAGAGUUUGAGGGGAAAACACAGCUGCCGUCUGGUGUCAAUAUGAGUGUUAGUCUAAAGAGGGCCCAAAACAGGCACCCACAGUGAUGUUGUGUAUACACCAUACACUUAACAGCAUAUAUCAAGCAUGUGGUUUUUGCCCAAAGAAUCCUGCAAACUGUAAUUUACCCUGCACAAAACUACAGUUCCCAGCACCCUCAAAAAACUAUAGUUCUCAGGGUUCUUUGAGGGAAUUCACAUGUUUUAAUUUAAAUGUAAGUUGUGUUCUGCUGGUGUACCAGAGCUGAAAGGAUCCUUCUGAACCUGGGCAUGGGUAGAUGGUUUAGGUUCACGGAAGCCCUUAAUAAUUUCCUUCAAUCCUCAUUUCCUCUCAUGGAACACAGUUUAAGAAGUUGCCAUUCUAAUGAACUUGCUGCUUGUUUUUUUAAAAAAUUUUUUUUGCUCACUCAUAAAUUUAACCUCAUGCUUCUCAGAAAGGCUGCUCUGUUUAAAGGGUUUGACAAUAUGCUGUUGUGUAUUAUUUAAAUGUAAAUCAAUGAACUGAUGGACUGUUCAAGUUAAAAGGCAGAUGACUGAAGCCUUUGUAUUAUUUCAGUCAUACGUAAGCUGCCUUGUGCGUGGUUGUGAAAAGAUGGGAUAAUGAUAAAUAAUAACUGCAGUUGUUUAGUCACUGCACCAUUUGGUUGGCCCAGAGAAAGGGAUGAGACACAGGGAGGAUUGUGUGUCUGUGUGUGUGUGUGUGUGUGUGUGUGUGUGUGUGCUGGGAUUCUGCAGCAGCUGCAGGGGGGGAAAUGCAGGAUGUUAUAUUGGUGGUAGAAUUCAAUCUUCCGAGAAUCUUAACUUUAUUUAUAAAAAGAAAAAGGAAGAAGCAAGUUUCCAGGCCUCAUGGCUGCGAGAAUAUGUUUGAAGGUCUGUUGGCAAUGCCAACGAGAAAUCUAAGGUGCUGGAUGAGUGGCUGAAUAAGAUUUCCAGACAUUAGGGUAUGGCUUGCAUACUUCUUUGCUUCGCCAUAUGACUAGUAAAAACAGAAAGGCAAAGCAAUCCCACAUCUAAAGCCCUGCAAGCCAGGAUAUAAGGUGGGAAUGAUGUUUUUUUCUUUCCCCUGGGCUAGCUCCAGGUGAAUGCAGCAGAGGGGUCCAAUAUAGUAUAUUUUAGGGAUGGCAUAUUUUGAAGAGCAAAAAAAGAGGAUCCUAUGACAGACAUUCAAAGCAGAUGAAUGCAAUUUGCCCCAAAUCUUACCCCUGAAAAAGAAGGUGUGUCCUGAGAAAAGAGGACACUUGGCAGCCCUAUUUUAAAGCACAUAGGUAAAGGUAAAGGGACCCCUGAGGAUGAGGUCCAGUCGUGACCGACUCAGGGGUUGCGGCGCUCAUCUCGCUUUAUUGGCUGAGGGAGCCGGCGUUUGUCCGCAGACAGCUUCCGGGUCAUGUAGCCAGCAUGACUAAGCCACUUCUGGUGAACAAGAGCAGCACACGGAAACGCCGUUUACCUUCCCGCUGGAGCGGUACCUAUUUAUCUACUUGCACUUUGUGCUUUCGAACUGCUAGGUUGGCAGGAGCAGGGACCGAACAACGGGAGCUCACCCCGUCGCAGGGAAUCGAACCACCGACCUUCUGAUCGGCAAGUCUGUGGUUUAGCCCACAGCGCCACCCACAUCCCUAUUUUAAAACACAUGGCUUCCACUAAAGAAUCGUGGGAACUGUAGGUGGUUAAGGGUGCUGGAAAUUGUAUUUUUGUGAGAUGUAAACUACAGUUCCCAUGAUUCUUUGGGGGGAAGCCAUUCACUUUAAAUGUAUUUUGAAUGCAUGAUGCGAAUGUGACACGAGAGUCAAGGCUUCAGCAUGCCACCCCAAAAUGCCCCAGGGGCAACUUCCCACCCGUUGAGCAAAGCUCAGCGCUUCUACUGAGAGCAGUUUCCCUCUCCACUGGCAGAAGGAGAUGGAAAAGGCAAGUAGUUGUGAUUCCCCUUGCCCCUCGCUCCCCAGGAGUAAACAUCAGGAUCGUAUCCUCAGUGAUGCAAACUUUUUAAAACAGUUGCAACUGAACAAUGCAAAAUAAGAGGAUGAUGCAAAUUUUCGUCAGGUUAGAGAAUUAUGCUCUGCUUGGUGUAGGAUGUAGGUUGGCUGCAGAAUUCGGACUGAUUGUGCUGGGAUUGUUUUGUUUUCUUCAUAUUUGACCAGUACGCUUGGUCCUGAAAGUUGGCAAGGUUGCCAACUUCUGGGUUAGGAGGAUAUUUAUGUGCCUUCAACAAUUGUAUGGAGAGGAGAUGUUUGGAAGGGCCACAGUGAUCAAGACAGAGGAGCACUUUUUUGAAGUGUUAGGGGUUGGCAACUCUUAGACCUAGAGUUAUGUAACAAGGGACACCAGCAUAUGGAGAGCCUAGUGAUGGUAUUGGUAUGCAGGGGCAGGGAGCGGGUUGCAUAAGGAGGUCUUUGUUUAGGAGGCUGGAAAAAAAAUAAGCUUACAAUUCCCUUCUUUCCCCCCUUACAGCCGCAGAGACCUGAGCUUGGAGCGCGGAGGAGACAUCACUUUCAAGUGAGUGCCAGCCAGCCCCUGCAUUUUCUUUCACACAUUUGUGUCCUCAAAUUGCCACCUUUGCUUCUGGUAGGGCUCACAUGCUGUCAGCAGCAAAGGGAAUUGGUUUUUUAAAAUACAGAUUAGAGGCUCAGGUUGAUACUUGAUGCACAGUUCAUCCUAACAAAGCACUGAAAAAGAUGCACAUUAAGAGGGUUGCCAGCUGAACAGGAAAACUGGUCUGGCCUGCUCUUGUGCCUUUGAACAGCGGCUUGGGGUGCUAGCAGUGCAGCUAUUCAUGAAACUGGAUGUGAAACUUAUUACCUAAAGCCUGCAGAUUAAGCAUUGCUUAAAGGCAUAAGAACAGUGGCAAGUUGAAAAAUUAGCAAUUAUUUAUAUACAGUAAUACCUCCGCGAACAUCCGCCUUGUCUAGCGUCCAUUCUCAUCCUCAUUAAUCUUAUUUUAGAUUAAUUAGUGACAAGCUUGCUCUGUUUUCCCAGCAAUUCUUUUAUUUUCUUCACUCUGACACUUUAGGGACUGGCUUGCAUGAUUAAUUAAUUGAAAAUAAAAGGUGUGACCUUGUGAAUAACUCCCAGGGGUGGCAAGAGGGAUGUGGAAAGAGAGAUGCUAAAAAUAGCAAUUUAUUACGUUGUGUCUGAACGAAGGCAAUCUUGCAUUGCAGUUUUUGUUCCUUCUUGUUUUCACUGAUCCCAACUUAGUAGGUCAGCAUCCAUGGGCAUCUGUCAAGACCCCAGAAACUGCCACCCAAAAAAUCCUCGCUACUGUCACAUGUUCACUUGCCAGCUUUCUGGGCACACCAGUGAGGAAAAGGAACCAAUUCUGCAGGCAUCAAGCAGGGACUACGUGGAAAGGCCCCUGGGAGGGCGCCUCCAGAUUCCCCAAGGUGCAUUUUGCCACUGGGAAGGGCUAUAGCUCAGUGGUAAAGUCUUGCAUGCAUAAAAUCCUCAGUUCAGUCCCUGGCAUCUCCUGGUAGGGCUAGACAGGCACUGUCAGUCACUGUAGACAGGAUUGAGCUAGAUGGGUCAAUGGUCUGACUCAGUACAAGGAAGCUUCCUAAAUUUCUGUAUGUCAUUGGCACAAUAAUAGUGCCAUAGUGGUGAAUAUAUACGAGAGGUCCACACAUUGAUAAGUUAUUCUGCAGUGCUUCCCCAAUGUUAUGGCAUUGCCGUUUGAAGGGGCACUCUUGUGCUAUAGGGCAGUGAAGGGGGGGGGAAUAAAGUGGAAAAUCUGAGUAUAAAAAGUUAAAGGAUUUCAGCAGGAAGUCACAGGGCAUGCACCAAUUGGAAAUGAAGCAGUAUGUCCACCUUGAAACUUGCAGGCACAAACAAUAUUGAAAGUGGAAUCACAUAUAACUUCCCCAACAUCAUCAUGAAUUCACAAUAAAAAGGAGGGGCCCUGACUAUGUUCUUUAGAGGGACCCAGAAAAAGCUGUUUAUAACCCUGAUUUUUGUGUGUGUGCUCAUCUUCAUGAGUUUCCCAUUCUUGUACACUUGCUCCUUUGAGGAACCAUGAGCUGUUCUUUUGAGCUAUUUUAUUUUCAAAAAGAAACCAACGCCCUGAAUUGACACAAAAUUCAGCUGCACACCCUUUUAUAACAGCAAAACUCUGCUGGAAUGGGAAGUUAAUGGGAAGGAGGACUUCCAUCUCUGUAGAAUUUGGAUAUAAGCCUUGGUUCUUGUGCCAGGUUUCAUGAGGGGCCUGGGCUGGCUCAAGCUAUAUUGCUUCUCCAGGCAAAAGAAAAAUUCACACACAGCCUUAUUGCAGUCUGUAGACCCAAAAUACAUAGUACAACAAUAAUGAAUAAUAAUCAGUAAUUAUAAUUUUGCUGUUCCCAAUAUUGAUCACCUACAGGGAGAUUACGGUCCUUCCUUAAGGGUCUUCCCAAUUGCAGUCUUGUACCCCUGGUUCACAAUUGGAUGGAGUGAGCAGAUGGAGCUGCUACUGGGAAAAUGGCGGCUGCCCUGCUUCCUCAAAUGUUCGCAGGGUGGCGGGUAGUGUGCUCCUCCCUUGAGGGUUUUUGACAGUAAAACUGUGUGGCUCUCGAAGUUUGACGCCACUCUCCACCCACCCAAAAUGGUCUGUAUGGCCUCUAGGGCUGAGCUGACCCUGAGACAGGAGGGUAUCAGUAGUGUACUGUGGUUGCUAAGCAACCUUAGGAAGCACCUCUGCACCCCAAACAAAAUGGCUGGGUCUGAGCUGAUGGAGUGUGCAAGAGUGUGUAGCUGAUUGCCAGGUCCCCUUUUCCACAAACUUCCAGGAUAGACAUGCCCUGGAUUGACACUGAGGCAAGGAUUCCUGCUGUCCCCACCACCCAGAGAGGCCUGACAUAUCACCAGCAGUACCUGAGAGCAUAACUACAUGUUACAUUGACCACAUGAGAGAUCUGUUUGUUGUGAUUUCUAAUGGCUCCUGCACCAAGAGUCAGAGAGAGUGGGAGGUGAUAGAGAUCAAUUGGAGUGGAGGAGGAAUCAUUGGCUGCUUCUCCCCCUCUGUUGUUUAUCUCCUCUUGUUUUAUUUUUUUUCUUAGCAGCUAACUUCCCCGACUUCUCUUCCUCUGAGUGCCUGGGAAAAAUUAGUCACUUGGGGCAAGGGCGGGAGGAAGGCAGCCAACAGCUACUCCUUCACUGCAGUUUUUGUCCUCUGCCUUUUUCUGCCUGUAUGGGAGAGGGGAGUCUUCAGAGUUCUCCUGCAGUGCAGCUGCUCUCCUGUGGACAGUGUAACACAGCCCUUCCCAACCCGGAGACCUCAGGAGCCCUUCAGAUGUUUUGGACUACAAUUCCCAUCAGCCCCAGCCAGCGCAGCCAUCCAAGACAUCUGGAGAGCACUAGGCUGCAGGAGGCUGUUGUAGCCUGUAGGCCGCUUCCAGGCAGCCUGCUUAAUGAUCAUCCGUUUUUAUUUGUUUGUGGGGACAUUAUGGGGUGUGGUGUUGCAGGAAGCAAAUGUGAUCUGAUACUUCAAGUCUAUUUUCCCAUCCCGGAGUUUGUUGUGCAAAAAAAGUGCCCUAUCGGCUUUGAUUGCACAACCUGAAUUUGCCACUCUGUGACUGCAUCCCACCUGAAAAUAGCAGGAGUCUGCAAGGGCCCAGACUGCUGGAAUCCCAUCUUCAGACUGUUUCAACCUACAAAUAUUUCUUCUCUUCUUCGCUCCCCCAUCCUGCUUAGCUUGCUCAAGACUGGUGGAGAACUCAAAAGCUUGCUUGCUAUUUUUUUGACAUUUUCUUGGUCCUAAUAAAAGUACUACCAUACUGUGGUUUGGGUCCACUCCCCUCUACGAAUCACCAUGGCUGUCUAGUUUUUCAUGAAAUGUAGAGUAGGGCUCUUGAUGCCCCAACUCAAAAGCUGUUCACCUGUUUGCAAGACCCAAGUAAGCUGAGUUGCAACCUUUACAGCAGCUUUAACUUUCUGACACAUUUUUCUUCUCCACAUUGCCAGGUGUCCUGUGAUGCUGGUGGUGGGAGACCAGGCCCCUCAUGAAGAUGCAGUGGUGAGUGAUGGUGCCAGUUAUCUUCUCAAAAAUUCCACAGCACCAAAAAACUAUGGAGCCACUGGACCUUCCGCCCAUCCUCUACUUUCUGGUUUUGACAGGAACUAAGAUACCUAUUGUCUCACUUUGGCUCUGCUCUUUAUCCUCACGCUGCCAUUAUCUCUCCCGCCAGGUGGAGUGCAAUUCCAAACUGGACCCUACCCAGACCUCUUUCCUCAAGGUAAGCAAUGCCUCUCGAGGCCACUGCAGGGGAUGCCAGUCUAGCUUUUGGCUUCCAUUAACUUUGCUGCUGUACCUUUGUUAUUUUGUAGACCUCAACAAAAUUAAGCCAACAGCGAUACAUAGCAUAACAUUCAAAAUACAUUACAGUGGGUUGCAAUGCAUAAAUGAUAUAAAAUAGCAGGAAUGUCUAAAAUGAGAUCUACAACAUGAUACCUUAAAAUGUGGAACUUAAAUGUGAGCCGAACAAAAUAAAUAACAUAACCAGAUUAAAAACUGUAACGCAUGAGAACAGCAGCCAUACAGGAUAGGUUUGAUCAGGAGAGAUUUCCUUUCAUGCUUUGUCAUCAGAAAGAGAAAGCUAGCCACAAUCUCUGUUAAUAACUUGUUUGAAUCUGCCUAAAGGUAGGCCAGUUACCAUUCAGAAGUCCUGCCUGGAAAUUUUCAGAUAAUACAAGUCACCAAUCCGAUUUGGUCGUCUUCAUAGAUUUGACAGGCAAAAAGUGCAGAAAUCAAAUAUUCUAUCAUCCCUUCUCCCAUUUGUUAUUUCAUUAGGCUAGACUUAUAUACAAUCACCGACAAAAAUCUCUAAGCACCUUACAUAAAGCAAUAUAACCUAUUAAGAAUACCCAUGAAAUUCAAUGUUAAAAACCUGGUUGCUCCAUGUUUCUUCUAUGACCAUCAUUUUGUCUCCCCACACCUCCCACUUCCUCUACCUCUGUCUUUCAGGGCUUGUCUACCAUCCCCAUAACAUCACUUUUGAGAUUCCUAAAGUUUGCCUAAAUCUUUUUUGCUGCCUCCCACACACCACACACCACAGCUACUUCUUUGUUUAUAUAACUUUAAAUCUUUGAAGGAUGAAUGCAUAAAUGCUUUCUUAAGGUUUCCCUUUGGGGAGGGGCAGGAUUUUUCUGAACACAGAUUCUCUGUUCUAGGAGGUAGGGCACAGGAGUAUUCUUGGUAGGUUGUGACUGAGGUUCCACUGGUGUCAAAGCUUUGGUGUGUCUAUUCAUGUUUAUACAGAAAUCAGCUCAGGUUCCCACGCACACAUACUAACCAAAUUCAACUUUUCCUCAUCCUCUGCUGUCACUGAACAACAACCUGUGCUUUGCAGAGAAUCGUUGAGAGUGGGAGGCGGCCACUUAAGAGAGAUGGCCAGGUCUUCCUCCUUAGUCUUGCAUAUUCUCAAGCCUGUAGACAGUUGCUCCCCAUUUAGCUUUCUCUUUGUAUCUUUCAGAUGGCAGAUUCUGGAGGACAACCACAGCUGACCCAGGUGAGACAGGCUGGCACGACUGGUGGGAGGGUCGGGGGCAGGACUGGAUUCUGUCUAUUCUGCUGCACUUAGUUAAACCCUUCCUAAUGUUCGUCAGUGCAUUGUACCUUCUGCUAGGACAUGCUUCAAAAGUUUGUGCACACUUCUUCGAUUUAAAUAGAAAAGUCACUUUGGGAAGGGGUGGUUUAGAGUUAGGAGAGCAAGCACUUUAUUUCCCCUUCCCUGCUGCUGUUUCUCCAGCUCCAAAUGCAUCUCACAAAAGUUUUCAAGGUCCCAAUAACUUGCAAAUAUAUACCUGUGGGCGCUUCUGGACUGUUGCUGUUUUCUAGUAGGAUCAAUCAGUUACAAUUGAUUGGCAGAUAUUGUACAAUAAACCCCAAAAUAUCAGACUUUUUGGGAUAAGAAAAAAUAAAUCUCAACAUUCAUAGAAAAAUUGUCUUUGUCCUGAAACUGGGCGUAGACCCCUUCCCAAAAUGUGACUGAACUUAUGUCCAGUUGUUGCUUUUUAAUUGUGUGUUGCUGUUUUUACCCAAAUUGACUUGGAGAGGUUAACAUGCUAGACAUUUUCCAACUUAUUGUGGGUUCUUCUGCCUCCAACCCCAAGCAUUGGUGUGGGGUAGUUUUUUUAAAGUACUUACCUUGUAAAGAGGGAGGCAAGAUUACAGAUAUGAUGCAAAAAAGGAUUGGCUGGUUUUGUUUCCACCUUGACAUUAGCACACCUCUAAUGUUUUCCUUGGCUCUAUCACUCUUUCCUCUCUUCCGUCCUUCAGCCUGGUAAACUGACUGAGGCUUUCAAGUACUUCGUACAAGGCAUGGGAUACAGUGAGUAUUGGAUCCUAGACCUUCUGCCCCCUCCCUCAUACAUCCCUCAGAGGACAUGCAUUACUGGGAAUGUUUGAGCCAGAGCAGAGAUUUCUCAGAAUACCCAUCCCCUCAAUACCUCAGCUGUGUGGUUUCCUGUGACUACUACUAGGGCCAGCAUCAGAGGCUGAUCCAAUUGUGUGAUUGCCAGGGCUGAGACUCACUAAGAGAUCCAUCUUCUUCCUUCCUUUGCGAGCAUCUGAAGACCCUGUUCACUGUCUCCACCUUGACUGGGCCUGCACCCAGUUACAGCGCUCCCCAUAGCCCCUUGCAGUAACGAAGGGAUCUGUCUCUUUCCAAGCACCAUGUUCCCUCCAUCCUUCCCCCAGCUGACAUUCGCCUUCUUGUGACAUUCCUGGGGGCCUCUUAGAUUAAGUUGCCUGGGAACUGGGGGUGUCCGGAAACUGAAGCCAGUUCUGACCAAAACCCUUGAAAAGUGGCCAGUGGUGAAUUCUUAUCCCGGGCGGGGAGGCAUGUCUUUUCUUUGUAGACUGAGGUAUAUUUUCCUGUUUCUCCUCAGUCCCUUAUGUACUGGACAAGAAACUGAGUCAGGGGUCAGGUACCUUCUGUGGUAUUUCCACCCAACCACCUAUAACCCUUUGACACACUCUCUCCCCAACUUGCCUGCACACCCUCCCUUGCGACUUCCUCACUCCCGUGUUCUCUAAAACUCACACUUACACCACCUCCAGUUAGGACACACCGAGCUGUUUGCUGUGACAAUGAGAAAGCAAAAUUUGGUUUAUUUGGAUUUCUGUCAUGCACCUAAGUCAAUAAGGCUGGUGACGUACCUUUGUAUAAUGUCGUACGCUGUAUGACACUAUCGGACAACAAGGACUGCCGCAGUUCUGCGCCAUGCAAACCCGAAGUUUGCAUUCCAAAACAAAAUUGCUCACAUUAUCAACAUGUUAUGCAAAUGACCUAAUUAUGUACAAGUUCGAUCAAUUUGCACCCCAAUCUAGGCUUUGACUGUGCAAAAUAUUUGGGGGUGGGGGAAAGAAAGUGGUGACGAUGCAUGGCUUUGUUUUGGAGAAGGGAUACAAUGCAAAAUGGCAAUAAGUGAUGGAGGGAGCAGGACCGCAGGCCUUGUUGAUGACUAUGCAAGUUAUUCACAUGAUCUGAAAUCUGCUGCAUGAGCCUUCCCCAGAGGAGUCUGCCUUAAGGUCUUUCUCCCUUCCCCCGCCCAGUUGCACUGGGUUCUGCCUCACAUUGGGGGUGCCUGGUGUGCAUGCGUGAUGUCACGUGUGUGACAUCACACAGUGUGAGGCACACAUGACUCAACGGGCACCAUCAGACCCUCCUGUGGCUGUGAUAGGCCCCAAAAGGCCCAAAGGGCAACUACGGUGAAAAUUUUGUGGGUCCCCCAGAACCCAGGGUCCCCCAGAGAUGGUGCCUAUGCUUUUCCCGUCCCACUGCCCUAGUCAGCCCUUAACUUGCUCUGUGGGUCUCAGUGCACACAGGUGCUGGAAAUUUGAAGAAAGGUGAGCUUGUACAUACAUAUAAAACCAGCAAGUGUUGCAUAAUUCCCUGGUAGUUCCAGAUCCGUAUUUCACACCCAAAGGUGCUCAGUCCCAAAUGUGUCUUAGAAGCUGCAGUGGCCAUGCAAAGACUAUGCUGACCUUGCACUGAUUGCUCACCCUGCCAUGGGGGAGCAAGACCUGGGAGGAGCGACCUAUGUCUGGCUACAUGCAGGAGCUUUGUCUGACUCUGCCCGUUUCUCUUUUCUCCUCCCCACAGUGGCUUCGUCCUGCAUGACGCGCCUCUCCCGCUCGCGCACCGCCUCUCUGUCCAGUGCCGCCUCAGGGGACGGGAACCGCUCCCGCUCACGCACGCUGUCCCAGAGCAGCGAGGCGGGGGCACCUCAGCCGCCAGCCCCCACCAUGGAGGUGUCCUGCUGA